AUGGACGAGAUGGAAGAGGAGCUCAAGUGCCCGGUGUGCGGCUCCUUCUACCGGGAGCCGCUGAUCCUGCCCUGCUCGCACAACCUGUGCCAGGCGUGCGCCCGCAACAUCCUGGUGCAGACGCCCGAGGCGGACUCGCCGCAGAGCCGUCGCGCCUCGGGCUCCGGCGGCUCGGCCUCCGAUUAUGACUACUUGGACCUGGACAAGAUGAGCCUGUACAGCGAGGCGGACAGCGGCUACGGCUCGUACGGCGGCUUCGCCAGCGCGCCCACCACGCCGUGCCAGAAGUCUCCCAACGGCGUGCGCGUCUUCCCGCCGACCGUGCCGCCCGCCGCGCACCUGCCGCCGGCCUCGGCCGCUUCUCUGGCGCCGGUGCCGCGCAACUCCUGCCUGACGUGCCCGCAGUGCCACCGCAGCUUGAUCCUGGACGAGCGGGGCCUGCGCGGCUUCCCCAAGAACCGCGUCCUGGAGGGCGUCAUCGACCGCUACCAGCAGAGCAAGGCGGCCGCCCUGCGCUGCCAGCUGUGCGAGAAGGCGCCCAAGGAGGCCACAGUCAUGUGCGAGCAGUGCGACGUCUUCUACUGCGACCCCUGCCGCCUGCGCUGCCACCCUCCGCGGGGGCCGCUAGCCAAGCACCGCCUGUUGCCCCCUGCCCAGGGCCGGGUCAGCCGGAGGCUCAGCCCGCGCAAGAUCUCCACCUGCACCGACCACGAGCUGGAGAACCACAGCAUGUACUGCGUCCAGUGCAAGGUGCCCGUCUGCUACCAGUGCCUGGAGGAGGGCAAGCACUCCAGCCACGAGGUCAAGGCCCUGGGUGCCAUGUGGAAGCUCCACAAGGUCAGCCCCCUGGAGUGUGUCUAUGGACGGGCGGGAGGGGGAAAGACCUUUUAUUUGUUUGCUUAUUGCAUUUAUAUAUUACCUUUUCCUCCAAGGAGCUCAUGGUUCUCCCCACUCCACAUUUCAACCCACAACAAUUCCGUGCGAGGUAGGGUAGGCUGAGAGACAGUGGCUGGCCCAAGGUCACCCAUGGAGAUUCAAGGGGGGAUUUGAACCCUGGUCUCCCAAGCCCUAGUUCAACACUCUAACCACUAUACUAUAGGGCUGGCAUGCAGUAACCUGAAGGCAGCUCCUGGUCCAUUCUCGGGGGGGGGGGGGCUUCUUCCCAUCUCUCCUAUCCAUCCAUUCUUUUCAUUUCUCUUCUCUUCUCUCUCCAUCUCUUUCUCUCUCUCUUAUCUACCUCUUCACUUGGUUCUGUUUAAAGGUCUUCAGUCUCCAACUCUCCCUCUCCUCCCCCCCCCCUUCUCUUUCUUCGCCUUCCUCAACUUGGUGCCCCCCCACCAGUUGUUACCUGACUACAACUCCAGAGCCCCUACCAUGGCUCACUGGGGCUGAUGGGAGUUGUAGUCCCAAGCAGCUGGUGGGCACUAGCUGGGCAGUCAGCUUUGAAGAGUUCCCUUCUUCUCUUUCCAUCUCUUGACUCCCUUCAUUGCCCCACUUCGUCUUUUUCUGCAGGGUCCCUCCUUAGGGUUCAUCCACACCAUCCCUCAAUGUGGAUAGCAAGCUUCCUGUUCUUCCAUUAAUUUUAAUUUGCCCAUAGGACGCUCUCCUCUAAAUCACUGCCUCCCCACACUUUCCUCUAGCUCCGUACGGAUUUUCUCAUACCCUCUCAUUUUUAGAGCAUGCCUGGUAUGUGAAAAUCCAGACUGAGGGAGAAGGAACGUUUGUGGAGGCAGUGAUUUGCAAGAGAACGUCAUACGGGUAAUGGAGAAUCAAUAGAUGUACAUCCAUAUUAAAUGGCAGUAUGGACGAGCGAACACUCUCAUCCUUCCUUCCUUCCUUCCUUCCCUCCCUUCCUCCCUCUCUCCCCCCCCUUUCCUCUCAUCAGCCAGCUUCCUCCCUACCUGACUAAUCAAUCCCACCCCCCAUCUCCCUCCCCCGCCUUUAAUGAUUCAGUCUCAGCUCCAUGUAAACAACCUUCUUCCCAGUCUUUGCUCCUCGGUGGGCUUCCAGGAGUCCCUUUCCAGACCCCCCCCCAGCUGCUGCCCCUCCUGUCUGUCAGCCAAUCCAGCUGCUGCUUGGGGUGUCUCUCACCCUGAUUUCGAAGCACAGAACUGCUGGGGCUCCAUUGCCUCUUUUCCCAUGGCUCUUGCCACCCCCACCCCCAUUUUCUUGGCUGCUGUUCAAGUGUUUGCACCAAGCUGCCUGCAGUGCAAAGCAACACAGUCCUGGGGGUGGGGGGUGGGGGCAUUGGGGGUGGAUGAAUUUAACAUUGACAGAUGAGUGGGUGUGGGGGGUGGUCAGGAGCAGGGAUGGAAUAGACUUUGUUAUCCUGCAGCCCUCGACUGUCCUUAUAUCACCCCUGGGACUGCCCAGGCUUCCAUUGCCUUUGCCCACAUCCAGGCGACGUUCCCCGCAGGAACCUCCACAAGCUAUUCUUCCAAACGCACCUCUCGUUUUUCAGGGAGGCUGCAAAGGACAGGACCAGAUAUCUAGAGCCAGGGGUGGUGGGCAGGGUGCUGGGAUCAAUCCUGGCUCAGUGCAGCUGCUUUGGGUCUCUCAGCUGCAUUUCUGUGUUGCCAUAUGCGCAGGAAUGUGUUGUGUUUAUUUUGUUAAGAGGGGGAAACGCUUUGCCUAUGCCUGUCAGAGGUGAUAAUAUUUUCAGCCCUGUUCCUUCACUGACGACAAAGCUGGCAUUGGGGAAAAAAGGAAUUAUUGGUUCAAAUGAAGGGUCUGUGGAAAGAGGGGCUUUAAGCCAGUGACAGAUCUCAAGAGCAUCAGAGGAGAUUUCAGAGGCUGCUUUCUGGAGGAUUAGAUUUCUCUCCUGAAUGCUGACCAGCCUCUCUGCAAAAUAUUUCAGAUGACACUUGAUGUUGCUUGAUGCAGCCUUUGCCAACCUAGUGCUCUCCUGAUGCUCUCGGACUGCAACUUUCAUCGGCCCCAGCCGGCACGAAUGCAAUGGGAGUUAUAGUUUGACAACAUCUGGAAGACUCCAGGUUGGCUGGCUGAAUAAAUAUGGAGCAGCAACUGCAGUGGUGGGUGGGAAGAAUGAGAUGAGGGGUACGGUUUUAGUCUCCCACCAAAUCCACCCAUUCUACGUCCCAUUCCACCCACCCACCCACUGGCUACCCAUGUCUAGCUGUCACAGGGGAUCUGGCUGCAGGAUAGUGACCCUGCCUCUGAGGUAACUAGGGCAGAGAAGCGACUCUGAUGUGGCUGGAUAUCCCCUCCUCCCCCACGUACCCUGAUGGAACACGUAAGCCGGGCAUCAGCGCAUGGAUGCACAUCGGCAUAAUUGAUUCCCCUCUCUCACACACACCCGAUCACCCUCGCUGAGCUGUCUGGGCAGGGAGCCAGGAUGUGGCAUGUUCAGUAUGGUGUGUGGGAAGAAGCCACCUAGUGACACAUUUAUCCCUGAAGAGGGUUUGGCGGUGGUGAUUUUUUGCUUUUUGCAAAUGUCGCACCUGGACUGUGAAGUCCAUGUUCCAAUGCGCAAACCAGAAGCAUCUGCCUCUGUUGGAGAUGAAGUGCAUGUACACCCAUCACCGUCGGUUGAAACUCCAGCUACGAUUCUGCCUGGUGUAGCCAGAACCAACAGUGUGUGCAAAAUUACGGCUAAGUGUUGCAUCGUGAGCAAGGAGACCCUGUUUCCUCUCUGCUCAUCCAUGAAAUGCAAAGUGCCCUCAGGGUCACAAAUGUGGGGCUAAUCACACUGCUUCGCUCUCCUCCGGGUUUUUGCAUGGAUUGCUGAAACAAUGUAUGUGGUAUGCUAUGACUUAACAGCAGCCAAAGCUUAAGAAACAUAGAAUCAUAGAAUCAUAGAGUUGGAAGGGACCACAAGGGCCAUCGAGUCCAACCCCCUGCCAAGCAGGAAACACCAUCAGAGCACUCCUGACAUAUGGUUGUCAAGCCUCUGCUUAAAGACCUCCAAAGAAGGAGACUCCACCACACUCCUUGGCAGCAAAUUCCACUGUCAAACAGCUCUUACUGUCAGGAAGUUCUUCCUAAUGUUUAGGUGGAAUCUUCUUUCUUGUAGUUUGGAUCCAUUGCUCCGUGUCCGCUUCUCUGGAGCAGCAGAAAACAACCUUUCUCCCUCCUCUAUGUGACAUCCUUUUAUAUAUUUGAACAUGGCUAUCAUAUCACCCCUUAACCUCCUCUUCUCCAGGCUAAACGUGCCCAGCUCCCUUAGCCGUUCCUCAUAAGGCAUCGUUUCCAGGCCUUUGACCAUUUUGGUUGCCCUCCUCUGGACACGUUCCAGUUUGUCAGUGUCCUUCUUGAACUGUGGUGCCCAGAACUGGACACAGUACUCCAGGUGAGGUACUUUUAGCUUCAGGUCUCAUAGUCAACACAGUGGUACCUUGGGCUAAGUACUUAAUUUGUUCCGGAGGUCCGUUCUUAACCUGAAACUGUUCUUAACCUGAAGCACCACUUUAGCUAAUGGGGCCUCCCGCUGCCGCCGCACAAUUUCUGUUCUCAUCCUGAAGCAAAGUUCUUAACUCGAGGUAAUAUUUCUGGGUUAGUGGAGUCUGUAACCAGAAGCGUCUGUAACCUGAAGUGUCUGUAACCCGAGGUACCACUGUAAUGAAUUUAGCGCUGCUCAAGGUGCCAUGUGAGAUGUGUGGCAAUGGGACAUUUCUCCUCAAGCCACAUGAACCAGGAAUACACAAAAUGUCAAUUUUUGCGGUGGGAGCAUGUGGAAACAAGGGUGCCCUACAGCCAAGGCACUAGCCUUGACUUCUGCAACCUGGUGCACCCCAAGUGUUUUGGACUACAACUCCCAUCAGGUAAUUAUUGGUCGGGGGGUGCAGACCAGGGUUGGCCAUAGACAGAGGGGAGGUAUUGGAGUCAGAGCCAGUAAUGGGCAGAACUGGACAGGUCACCCCAUUUAUCUCUUUCAGCCACCCACUUCUCUCUCUCUCUCCCCUCUCUCUCCCUCUCUCUCCCACUUCUUUUCUCUCUUUCUCCCACAUUCUCCCUUCUUUUCCAACCUUCCUUUCUCUCUCAUUUCUGUCACCACCACCCCAUCAUAGAAUCAUAGAAUUCUAGAAUUGGAAGGGGCCUUGAGGGUCAUCUAGUCCAACCCUCUGCAAUGCUGGAAUCUCAACUAAAACAUCCAUGACAGAUGGCCACACAAACUCUGCUUUAAAACCUCCAAGGAAGGAGAGUGCACCACCUUCUAAAGGAGUGCAUUCCAGAAGGUUCUUUCUCAUGUUUAGUUGGAAUCCAUGUCACUUAAAUCCAUGGGUUCGAGUCCUACCCUCCGGAGCAGGAGAAAACAAGCUUGCUCCUCCUUCCAUGUGACAGCCCUUCAGAUAUUUGAAGAUGCCCAUUACAUCUCCUCUCAGUGUCCGCUUCUCCAAGUUAAGAACCCCCAACUCCCUCAACUGUUCCUCAUAAGGCUUGGUUUCCAGACCCUUGAUCCCGCUUGGACUACUGCAACGCGCUCUAUGUGGGGCUACCUUUGAAGGUGACCCGGAAACUACAAUUAAUCCAGAAUGCUGCAGCUAGACUGGUGACUGGGGGCGGUCGCCGAGACCACAUAACACCGGUCUUGAAAGACCUACAUUGGCUCCCAGUACGUUUCCGAGCACAAUUCAAAGUGUUGGUGUUGACCUUUAAAGCCCUAAACGGCCUCGGCCCAGUAUACCUGAAGGAGCGUCUCCACCCCCAUCAUUCUGCCCAAAUGCUGAGGUCCAGCGCCGAGGGUCUUCUGGCGGUUCCCUCAUUGCGAGAAGCAAAGCUACAGGGAACCAGGCAGAGGGCCUUCUCGGUAGUGGCGCCCGCCCUGUGGAACGCCCUCCCAUCAGAUGUCAAAGCGAUAAAUAACUACCUGACAUUUAGAAGGCAUCUUAAGGCAGCCCUGUUCAGGGAAGCUUUUAAUCUGUGAUAUUUUACUGUAUUUUUUGUUUCUAUGGAAGCCGCCCAGAGUGGCUGGGGAAACCCAGCCAGAUGGGCGGGGUACAAAUAAUAAAUUAUUAUUAUUAUUAUUAUUAUCGAUCAUCUUUGUUGCAUGCAUUACAGCUUAUCUGUUAGAUGGAUUUAGAUGAGUAGGCGAGGAUAUUUUAUUUAUUAAUUAUCCAUCCUCUUUCUCUCGCAUGUGAGAAUGCCAUUAUUAUUAUUAUUAUUAUUAUUAAUCAGUACAUGGAUACACAGUGUUUUCAUCCCCACGGGCUAGGGAACAGUGGCUGGCCCAAGGCCAUCUCAUGAGUUUCAGGACGUCUGAACCCAGGUCCCCUCAGCCCUCGCCCAAUAAUUCCACUUCAGCAAAGUGGCAUCGCUGCACCAAAGUCAACUUGCCUGGCCCAGUUCUGUUAAGAGGAAUGCAUUUAAAAUCAGCCUUCUGAAAUACGUUUUAAUUCAUCAUUGUAAUGAAUUCUAAUGAUCUUCCGAGACAUACUGAAUUGCCUCGUUUUCGAGACCGUAAUUCAUAGAUAUCGACAGGUGAACAGCCAAGUAACUGCUAUUAGACAAAAUGUGGUGGUGGUUUCCUUUUUGCAGGGAAGGGGGUUUAGGGUUGGCCCUGCUAUUAGAUCGAUUAAGGCAACUGCCUCAGGCAACAUUGACUCAGGAGUAGCAGCAGCAGUUUCUGGCUGUUCCUUCUGGGUCCCCAGCUAGUCUCUGCUGUUUCCACAUGGCCACUCCUGCCCCACUUAAAAAUCUGACCUGCUGCCUCAGGCAUGGUGGGGAAUGUCACCAGUGUGGAAGUAAGAUGUAAUUCUAUAUGUGGAAUUAGGGGAUGGUCAAAUUUUCUUCUGCCUCAGGUGGCAAAAUGCCUUGGACUGGCCGUGGAUGGCAUCAAACAAAACUUCCUGGAGAACUCUUUGGAGAAAGACACAGGGCCUGGGACUUCACCUGCUUUUCGUAACCAAGCAAAAGUUGUCCAUGUGGGAAUGUUGAGGAUAGUAAAGUAAAGGUAAAGGGACCCCUAACCAUUAGGUUCAGUCAUGACCGACUCUGGGGUUGCGGCGCUCAUCUCGCUUUACUGGCCGAGGGAGCCGGCGUACAGCUUCCGGGUCAUGUGGCCAGCAUGAUGAAGCCGCUUCUGGCGAACCAGAGCAGCGCACGGAAACGCCGUUUACCUUCCCGCUGGAGCGGUACCUAUUUAUUUACUUGUACUUUGACGUGCUUUCGAACUGCUAGGUUGGCAGGAGCAGGGACCGAGCAACGGGACCUCACCCCGUUGCGGGGAUUCGAACCGCCGACCUUCUGACUGGCAAGUCCUAGGCUCUGUGGUUUAACCCACAGCGCCACCCGCGUCCCGUUGAGGAUAGUAGGAGAGGAUAUAUUGAUUAAAUAUUAUCCUUCCUCACUCAUGCUAGUGAGUCAUGUAGCACAUUCCCUUGUACAUUGCAGUAAGCUAGUGGAUGGAUUCGUGAGAAUCAUUUGAGUUAAGCAACCCAGAUUGGAUUGUUCCUGGUAAAUCCCCUUUGGUUCCCUCUUAAAAACCAUAGUGACACGACAGUCUUCCUUUAAAAGUAAUGCUAAGGUUUACUUACAUUCAGUUCACAGUAUGGUCCUGAAGGCAGGCUUUAUCUUGUAGUUACGGUUACAGAGAAAAGUGUGGGUUCAUCUUCUGUGAGGGAUGAGCCCUUGUGUUGCUGGCUGAGAGCCAGCAGACAGCAGACAGCAGACAGCAAAAUGGAGAGAAGGGAUCAAUAGAGAGCAGCAUAAGAGGAAGAUGGCUGCGUGACUAGCCCCUUUAUAGGGUCUGCUAGGGUCAUGCCCAUCUACCUGGUCACACGCAGGGGGAGUAUACUCUAGACCAGGAAGUCCACUCUGGGCAAACAGGAAAUGUUGUAUUUGAUUGCUUCAGUGAUGUUACAUCGCACAGUCAAAAGGUACCAUGGGGCCAAGCUGCCACUGCCACUUCAUAUAUUUCACCCAGUGCUUGGUUACAACUGACUUUGCCCUCAUAGAGGAUGGGGUCCUUUGAUGACUGGGAGCAGUGAAGGUCAUAUUUCUGAGCAAGGAACCCCCCCCCAUCUUGUACCCAAGACUUUAAUGGAGGGGGCUCAGAAAAGCAGGUCAGAGUGAAUUUUUGUAAGAUACAGUGGUAAUUCGGUUUAAGAAUAGCCCUGUUUACGAACUCCCUGUUUAUGAACUCUGCAAAACCGGAAGUAGUGUUCCGGUUAGUGAACUUUACCUUGGUCUACGAACAGAAGCCGAAUGGUGGAAGGGUACUGGCGGUGGGAGGCCUCAUUGGGGAAUGUACGUUUCCGAGCACAAUUCAAAGUGUUGGUGCUGACCUUGAAAGCCCUAAAUGGCCUCGGCCCAGUAGACCUGAAGGAGCGUCUCCACUCCCAUCAUUCUGCUCAGAUACUGAGGUCCAGUGCCAAGGGCCUUCCAUCCAGUUGGGAGGCCGGUAUUAUUGUCUCCUUUAAAAACAAAUCUAAAUUUCAGAUAGGGUCCUGUAGAAAUUGCUGAGCUAUUUGGACCAAUGGUCUGACUCAGUGUAAGAGAUCAUGAACACUGGUAACCAGUGUAGAUCUUCAAAUGGAGGAGAAAUGUGACCAUUGCAGUGGGUCCUUGCUGGCAACUUCGCCACCAUAUUUAAUCCUGACAAUAAUAGCUUUAGAAGGUAGGCUAGUAUCCUUGUCUCUAUAUUUUAGAUAGGGUGGGACAGGGGCUAGAUGAAGAGCCCCCUACAACAGGGGGCAGCAAACUUUUUCAGCAGGGGGCUGAUCCACUGUCCCUCAGACCUUGUGGGGGGCUGGACGAUAUUUUGGAAAAAUAAUAAUGAAUGAAUUCCUAUGCCCCACAAAUAACCCAGAGAUACAUUUUAAAUAAAAGGACACAUUCUACUCAUGUAAAAACACACUGAUUCCCGGACAGUCCAUGGGCCGCGUUUAGAAGGCGAUUGGGCCAGAUCCGGCCCCGGGGCCUUAGGUUGCCUACCCCUGUCCUAGAAGGUUCAUGCUCUGUGCACCCUGGGACUGUGAGUGUGGCUGGCUUUAAGCCAGGAAAAUCUGCUCAAGCCACUAUUGCAGCACCUUCAGUUUGGCAUCUCUCAGCGCACAAGAAAGUAGACCAUACAGGGCAUCAAGCAAAGAUUGCCAGGGGGAUUGCUCAGCAGUCGAGGAAGUGUGAAAGGAAAUGUUGGCGCCUAAGCUUUGCACGUUGCUUGUUGCAAAGGAACCACACUCCAGGAAAUUAUUUCACUUCUUUUUCUGGUCGUCUCACCUCCCAAAGGAUCUUGUAGAGUUGGGAAAAGGCUUGCAAGAUGGAGAUGGAGAUGGAGAUGGAGAUGGAGAUGGAGAUGGAGAUGGAGAUGGAGAUGGAGAUGGAGAAACUCCACUCUGAGAAAAGGUUGCAGCAUUUAUUGGGACCUUUUAGUUUAGAGAAAAGGAGUAGAAUUUCUUCUCCCUCUUUAACUGCAUUAGAAGUCCUGGAUUUAGAGAUCCCACUAGACAAGAGUUUCAAAAAGCAUGGGGGAAAUGCAGAGAAUACUUCACAAAACAGUGCCCUAAAAUACAUACCCGGACUUGUUUCGAUUAAUGUCUGCAGGAGACUUUGUUGAUAUUUAAGUUAUAAUUAGAAAAAUCUUAAUAAUUAUUCAUCAAGGAAACAGCUUAUAAGCAGUAAAUAAGGAGGGCAGAUACAGGAUAAAGGAAGUCUUUUAUUUGGUUGUUUGUAUUGUUGUAUGUUAUGUUUAUUGUAUUUCUGUACUGGGGGUUGGGGGAGGUUUACAUUACGUUGUAAAUAAAAUUUCCAAUAAAAAUUAAAAAAUAAUAAUAGAAGUCCUGGAUUUGGGGGGGGGGGGACUGGGAUAGAAACAACAACAAAUUUUUUUUUUUAAAAAAAUAAGAGACAGCAAACAUGCACUCCCACAAUUCAGAGGGGGGAGUGGCAGUGGCAGCCCCCCACAGCUGCCAAUCAGGUGUGAGGCUGGUUCCUUUGGCAUGCCUUUGGCUCUGUGGACUUCCUGUGCUUGUGUGCGUCCUCCUGGCAAGGAUGGAGGGGGAAAUGGAUACUGUUUGCAUUUUAAUGAGAAACAAUCCAAUGUGCACUUUUCAAAACGAUACCCAAAUUGAAAUCCAGUCUCCCCUUCAAAAUUCACGCUUCUCUGAAUUUUGCAAUGUAAUUCUACAACCAGGCAAUACAUACAAAAAUGUAUAUAUGGCAGGAAAAGUCACCAACAGGCCCCAGGGUGGGUGACAACAAUUUAAAAUUGGGAAGUAAAAGCAGUUAAAACAAAUUACAGUCACAGAAAUAGGGUGAAAACAAGAGGUUGGAUGCAUUCUUUUAGAGGAAAUUGCAUGCAAAAAUAUGCAUAUUAGUCAAAACUUCACACCAAAAUGUGUUUAUCAGGGGGACAUCUGCAUUAAAAUACUGAUGAACUUGUCAGGUGAUGGUGAUGGUGGCUCGAGAGCAAACAGGCAAGACUCCGACCUGUCUUUUCCAAGCAUUAUUCUUAGUGCAAACUAUUUACAGUGAAGAGCGUUGCAAGUUCAUGUCUGGCUCAGUCGCUAGCAGAAUCUGGGAGUGGUUGGUCUUUGUACCUCCCCCAGCAUAACAAUCGCAUGACCCCCAGCCUUCUCCUCCCCUCUCUGCGCCGAAACCUACUGCGCAGAGUGGGUGCUGGCAAAGGGGUACUUCCCUCCCCUCCGCUUUGCUCAGGCUCAGUGUUGAGGCUCUCCCUAGCAUCUCCUGGUCCCUGCACCUCCUCCCCAUUGGAGGCGGGGCUUUCCUCCUUGCCAGAGGAGGAACUGCUUUGCAAGAUCUUCGGAGGUUCCCUAUAACACAACUGCCCUUCCGCCUCUGAGCUGAUGUCAGUUCCCUGACAGAACUUUUAUAGGGUUCUUUUUUAAAUUGCAAAUUGUUGCAGAAAUGUGGAGAAAUGAAUUUAAAUCAGCUUCAUCCAACCCUAACUCAAGGAAUGGUUGAGGGGGUUGGGGAUGUUUAGCCUAGAGAAGAGAAGACUGAGAGGCGAUUUGAGAGCCGUCUUCAAAUAUCUGAAGGGCUAUCACACUAGAAGAUGGAGCAAUAUUGUUUUCUCCUGCUCUGGAGGGUAGGACCCCAGCCAAUGGAUUCAAAUGUCAAGAAAGGAAAUCCUUAUUAAACAUGUGGAAGACCUUUCUGACGGCAAGAGCCAUUCGACAGUGGAAUGGACUUCUUUGGACGGUGGUGAACUCUCCUUCACUGGAGGUUUUUAAACAGAGCUUCCUUAGCUGUGAUUCCUGCAUUGCAGGGGUUGGACUCUGUUGUUGUUGUUUAGUCAUUUAGUCGUGUCCAACUCUUCGUGAUCCCCUGGACCAGAGCACACCAGGCACUCCUGUCUUCCACUGCCUCCCGUAGUUUGGUCAGACUCAUGCUGGUAGCUUCGAGAACAUUGUCCAACCAUCUCGUCCUCUGUCGUCCCCUUCUCCCCUUUCAAGGGAGUCUUCUCUUCUCAUGAGGUGGCCAAAGUCUUGGAGCCUCAGCUUCAGGAUCUGUCCUUCCGGUGAGCACUCAGGGCUGAUUUCCUUCAGAAUGGAUCGGUUGGAUCUUCUUGCAGUCCAUGGGACUCUCCAGAGUCUCCUCCAGCACCAGGAUUCAAAAGCAUCAAUUCUUUGGCGAUCAGCCUUCUUUAUGGUCCAGCUCUCACUUCCAUACAUCACGACUGGGAAAACCAUAGCUUUAACUAUACGGACCUUUGUUGGCAAGGUGAUGUCUCUGCUUUUUAAGAUGCUGUCUAGGUUUGUCAUUGAUCCUUCAUGGAUCACUGCCCCUUCAUGGAUCACUGCCUUGCCGUGGUGAAGGGAAGCUAUGAGCUAUGCCAUGCAGGGCCACCCAAGAUGGACAGGUCAUAGUGGAGAGUUUUGACCAAACGUGAACCACCUGGAGGAGGAACCGGCAAGCCACUCCAGUAUCCCUGCCAAGAAAACACCAUGGACAAAGACACCAGGUUGGACUCUACAAUUCCAUUAUUCUUAGCAGCCAUGGAGUUUUCUAGAGCAUCUCCUUGACUUCACAGGUGGUUGUGGGAUCAGGGGAAUGAAGAAGGACCUUCAUUGCAGCUUUCUUCGCCACUGCAUUUCUGCCAUCUCCUGCUCCCUCCCUCGCUUUCCUCUUUCUCCCUCUCCGCUUCUCAACAAGCGCAGCCCUCCUGAGCUCAGGAGGCAGAAAAGAACCUGCCUGACAAGACACAAACUGCUCUGCCAGCUCUCCAGUGUCAUCCAGGCCGCCUCAGGGCAAAAGGGCGCUGGGUGCAACACGGCUUGCCACGCAUGAGCUUCUUCUCCCAGUGGCCUCCUCAGCCAAGCUGUCAAAAUAUUUACCCAACAUGGGACGCAGCCUGAAAGAAACCUUGCUCCCCUCUCCCUUGCCUGGGAAGGUGAUUUUUGCCUGCGGUCAGAUCUCAGUUCUGUGAAGCAUCCUUGCAAGAACAGAAAGGAGAGUUUGGCAAAGCACAGAACAGAAAGGAGAGGUGAUAGGCGACUUCAGCAGCAGGCGAGGGGGCUGCUGAUCUUGGCUUGUGCAAUCUUUCAGGUCCUGUGGGUGCCUUUGGAUACCUACCUUUGGAGUCUGCAGUGGUAAAGCCCAGAUACAAGUUUAAUGCCUCCAUGACAAUGAGGCCUCCAACACCGGUGAAUCCCAAUUCUUCUCAAAUUCUUAUUUCCACACUUCGAUACAGGUUGUGUUCAUGGGAUUUUGUUGCCUUCCUCUCUUAAAUCACUAGAGAUUUGGGGCCUGGGAGGUGGAGUGAUGCUAGAGGAGGUAAUUUGUAGCAAUUAGCACCUGGCUACAGUCAUUCCAAGGACAGGGACGUGGUUGGCGCUGUGGGUUAAACCAUAGAGCCUAGGACUUGCCGAUCAGAAGAUCGGCGGUUCAAAUCCCCGCGACGGGGUGAGCUCCCGUUGCUUGGUCCCUGCUCCUGCCCACCUAGCUGUCUGAAAGCACACCAGUGCAUGUAGAUAAAUAGGUACCGCUCCAGUGGGAAGGUAAACGGCGUUUCUGUGCGCUGCUCUGGUUCGCCAGAAGCGGCUUAGUCAUGCUGGCCACAUGACCCGGAAGCUGUAUGCCGGCUCCCUCGGCCAAUAAAGCAAGAUGAGUGCCACAACCCCAGAGUCGGUCACGACUGGACCUAAUGGUCAGGGGUCCGUUUACCUUUACAGUCAUUCCACAAACAAUUGAUGGGUCAUGGCUGUCAUCUUGUGACGUGUGGCAAUGAAGGCAGCCAAAGCAAUUGGUGUCAAUGCAGAAACGCUGCAUCAACGAUGGCACACGUUUCCACUAUCAAGAAGGUGGCACGUCCAUGGCUUGCAGUGAGCAGAGCCCACCUACUCUGCUCUGCACUUUCUAUAAUGUCCCAAGUGGUGGGGGAGGGCAGGGCAGAGGGGAUUCCAGCCCCGCAGUGCAAGUUAAACCAAGCGGUAAUGUGGGGGGGGGUGGAACGUGGUGGUGAGGUCAGCGUGGUGCAAACACAGCAGCGGUGCAAUCCGGUGCACCCAACCUUGCUACCACCUUGCCCCUCCCAGUCUACCUCCCAGUUAAGAGUGAUGCAACCAAGCAAAACUCAGGGGCCACGGCCAGCCCACCGCAUGGUUGGCUAACGCUAGUCACCGGCCAAAUAGUUGACCUAAACUUCAGCCGUUUCAUGAAAGGAGCCGUAUUAUGCAAAACACGCCCCGGAGAAAUGGAAUGGCUCAGGUUCACUGUCCAAUCUAGCAGUAGAAGAAAAGGACUUAAUGGCAUGAGGGAGACGACCAUGGGGCCCUGGUGGUGGUGCAGCUGGAGGCCAAGAGAGCAUCUUUGGCUAAGCAGAUGUUGCUUCUUUGAUGCAUGUAGUCAAAGAGAGAGAGGUGGCUGCCCUGCCCUGCGCUUUUGUCGUUACCUGCACAAGUGAGGCCACGACCACCUCUAGUCACAUGCAGAGGAAGUCUGUCCCAGCCCAGAAGGAAACAGGAAGUUUACCUGCUGGCUGGACAAACCUUCCUCCCCAUGUGUAAAGAUGUUCACUCUAGGAAUGUUGUACUUGACUGCUCUUGUGUUUCACAUCCCACAAAGACCAUCCAAACGCUUGUUUGAAACCUCCAACAAAGAAAAGUCCCCAACCUCUUACUGUCAGAAAGUUCUUCCUGAUGUUGAGUCCAAAUCUCCUUUCUUGCAACUUGAAGCCAUUGGUUCAAGUCCUAUCCAGAGCAGGAGAAAACAAGAUUGCUCCAUCUUCCAUGUGGCAGCCCUUUCGAUAUUUGAAGAAGGCUGUUGUAUCUCUCCUCAGUGUCCUCUUUUCCAGGCUAAACAUACCCAGCUCCUUCAACCUUUCCUCAUAAGGCUUGGUUUCCAGACUGUGGAUCAUCUUGGUCCCCUUCCUCUGCACACCUUCCAGUUUGUGAACAUCCUUCUUAAAUUGUGGUGCCCAGAACUGGACACAGGACUCCAGAGUAAUCUUAUGCAGUCAACAUUUCACCAGCUUCUCCACAAGAAUAUUAUGGGGGGACUUUGUCAAAAGCCCUGACUAUUGGCCAUGUUACCUGGGGAUGAUGGCAGUUGGAGUCCCAAUAUCAGGGAGAGUGACAUGGGUUCACCACCCCUAUUAUAGAGAUUCCCGUGAGCCUAGAAUCUAUUUAAAGCAAGGCUGCUCUUGAGAUGGAAGACCAAACCUGUAGGGAAACCCAAAAGUCACCAAAUCUAGCAGCCGCCCUCACUGAGACAUCUGCCAAACAAAUUACUGACAGAUGAAACAAGGCAUUAAUUUCUCAGAUUUACAAGGGCAUGCAUGAAGUCUUUCCUUGUGAGGAGUCCCCAUUGUGCGCCUGGAAGGGAAGGAUGUAAACAGAACCAUGCGCUACAUCAAAAAAUGUUUCAAACUGCUGAAGGAAAACCACCAGCCAUUUGUCACCCAUGGGAAAUUGCAUUGUUCAACACUGGGAGUUUGCGCCUUGUGAGAAAUCAUGCUCAGAGACAAAACAUGGGGAGAUUCUUCCCAAAAUAUGCAUAUACAUAUGCUUCACAGGUAGAAGCUUCAGGGUUCAAUCCCGUGUAUCUCCGAAUCAGGAUCUGAGCCCAGGAGCCCUCUUGCCUUUCUGUGCAUUCCAGCAACUGGUAUUCAGAAACAUUGCAAAGCCAUCCUAGAUAGUAACCCUCAGUAGAUCUCUCCUCCAUGAAUUUGUCUAAUCCUCUUUUAAAGCCAUUCAUAUUGGUGGACAUCCCUGCCUCCUGUGGCAGGGAGUUCCAUAGUUCAACAAUGUGCUGCGGGAAGAGAUACUUCUUUGUAUCUUUCCUGAAUCUCCCAACAUGAAGGGCUCUUUCACACUUCCCUUUGUCCCACAAUUUCAUCUGUUCAUCCCUAGGCAUGGGUCUGAGAGAUCUUUCUUUUGUCCUCCCACUUUUCCCAGUGUUGGUGCUGACCUUUAAAGCCCUAAAUGGCCUCAGCCCAGUAUACCUGAAGGAGCGUCUCCACCCCCAUCAUUCUGCCCAGACACUGAGGUCCAGCUCUGAGGGCCUUCUGGCGGUUCCCUCCCUGCGAGAAGCCAAGUUACAGGGAACCAGGCAGAGGGCCUUCUUGGUGGUGGCACCUGCCCUGUGGAACGCCCUCCCCUCAGAUGAAACAAAAUUUAAAAAAUCCUUCCAGUAGCAUCUUGGAGACCAAUUGAGUUUGUUAUUGGUAUGAGCUUUCAUGUGUGCAUGCAAUGGAAGGAAUUUUUUUAUUUUGUUUCGACUACGGCAGACCAACACGGCUACCUACCUCCCCUCAGAGUCUGUCUAGUCUAGUCUAGUCUUAGGUGAAAGGGGUCAGGAAUGCUGUUCAAAGAUACUGAAUCUACCAGCUGUUUCUCUCUUGAUGUUUCCUCUUCUAACUGUUCCUCACCCAGUAUUUCCCAGCUUCUCCCUUCUAGACCAUGUCCCUCUGCAAACAACUGUUCUAAAUCAAUACUAUCCUCCUGCCUUUGGGGAAGUUCAGGAGAAGGGGACGGGGCUCCCACCAUUGCAUUCCGUUCCUCUGGGCCCAUAACCAAAAAUGUCGGAAUCUCCGCUACGACCGAGCUACUCCUCUGGUCGAGUCCUCUGGAAUCGCCUCCGAUGAUGAUUUACGACCUUAGCCUCUGAUAAGGCUCCAGAGUAACGCAGAAUAUCCAGCAGCAGGGAAGGAGCUGAGAAAUAUGAGCUACAUUGCAAAGACCGUUUUAUUUCUAACUACGCCGACAGAAAAGAAACAUAAAUGCUCUCUCUGUGAAAGCAGAGAGCAACUGGAAAAACAAAGGAACAGGAAACCAGUAACGUCACAUCCAUCUUCCGUGAGACUUCCAACAGCCUGGAAUCUCUGGAAUGCAAAACAGAUUCUUGUGACUCCAAGCACUGAACAGUGGCAUAAACAGAAACCAACACAUUCCUCCUCGGUCCCUGACAGCCUGUGAAUACUGUAUUUUUCGCUCUGUAAGACACACUUUUUCCCCUUCAAAAAUUAAGGGGAAAUGUGUGUGCGUCUUAUGGAGCGAAUGCAGGCUCCUUGGCUUCAGCGAUAGCAACGUGAAGCCUCCGAAGCGCAGAGGGAGAGCUCCCCCCGUGCUCCAGAGUCUUCGUGUUGCUUUCGCUGAAGCCUCCUGAAGCCCCCGGAGCACAGCGCGAACUCCAGCUGCGCUCCGGGGGCUUCAGGCAGCUAUCCCCAAGCCUUUGGAGUGCAGCAGGAGUUCCCACUGCACUCUGAAGGCUUGCGGAUAGCCGCCUGAAGCCUGGAGAGUGAGAGGGGUCGGUGCACACCGAUCCCUCUUGCUCUCCAGGCUUUGCUUUGCUUCGCUGGAGAGGCGCUGCACAGUUUUCCCUCUCUGCGCAGCGCCCCUUCAGCGAAGCGGGAGGAGAAAUGGAAGGGGCUCUGUUUCUCCUGCCGCUUCACUGAAUGGGCGCUGAGCAGAGAGGGGGAGAAUUAUUUUUUCCCUGUUCUCCCCCUCCUAUGGUCUGGUGCAUCCUAUAGAGCGAAAAAUACGAUACUUCCUAUACCAUCUUCUCCUUCCCUAUCCCCAGCUUGCCUCCCAGUCCCAGCCACACCCCUUGCCAGGAUCCUAUUCCACCGCUUCCUCCUUCUCCCUGUCGUCCUGCCAGUUCAUGACCGCAAGCCAGAGUGGUGUAGUGGUUAGAGAGUCAGCCUAGGACCCGGGGGAAAGCAGGGUUCAAAUCCCCACUUGGCCAUGAAUCUCAUUGGGUGGCCCAACUUACCUCACCGGGUUGUUGUGGGGAUAAGCUGGGGGGCGGGGAAAGAACCAUAUAAUCCGCCUUGAGCUCCCUGGAGAAAAAGAUAGGAUAUAAACGCAAUAAAAACCAAAGGCAGAAAUGAACAGGUAGGAGAUGUACCAUCACAUCCCAAAACACAAAAAUUGAGACUGUGGGUUUUUAUUCUCUUUCAAGUGUGGAAAGAGCAUCGCUCAUAUGGAGGAGAAAUCAAUACCCUCCUCUGUGGAACAAAUUAAAAUGCCCUGUUCAUCGUCAUCCACCCUCUGCUUCCCAUUCGAAUCCAGAGUCAGGGUCCUUUAGCUGCUUCUGUAUUUGGCUAAUCCUUCUCUGUCUGCUUUCUCUCUCUCUCUCUGCCUCUUCUUUCCCUUCCUCCUCUCUCUGCUCCCCCCUCUCCCUUCACUCCCUCCCCAGAGGUGCCUUCCUUCGCUCUGCUCCAGUAAUCUCAUUUCUCCCCGAAGCAACACUUUGGCUUUCCAACCACAAAAGAUGGCCUGCUAAUUACAAUCUGGGCGGCCUUCUCCAGAACCGAAAGACACACACACACACACACACACACACACACACACAGAGUCCUUCCUACUCCAAGGUCAUCUGAGCACAAGCCUUCUUUUGCAGAAGCUGCCAGCCCCACUACCCCACCCCCCAGAGUGCUGGAAUCCUUAAUGGGUUGCAAAAGGCCAAAAGGAGGAGGGUUGGGCGGCUUAGACAGAUCCCCUGUGCAAUUUCCACAAAUCAAGCAUCCCAGCAAGCCGCAAGCCCACCCAGCCCUUGCCUUCUCCGGAGCAGCUGUCUGAAAGAACCUCUGAUAAUCCUCCAGCAGGCUGAGCCAUUGAGCGAAAGCCUCUUGGGAUGAAUGGGGAAGGGAUUGCAAAUGUUACAGGGGUUGACGUCAUGCCUGGUGUGCAAUCUCCAGGAAAUAAUGUACUUUUCUCUCCCUCCCCCCCCCCCCUCGUACAUUGUGGAGGCAUCCUGGCCUUCAACCUUCCCAUUACUUAUUUAAUUCCGCCGGGGAGUUUCCUGGCUGCGGAUUCGAGAGGCUUUCUGGUGUCGAACAUAAGAAUGUAACAUGAGCUUUAGCCCAUCUAGUCCAACAUCCUGUUCUCCCCCCCACAAUUUUUAUUAAAUUUUCUGUUUUACCAUUUAAAAUACUCAUUUUUACAUCCUUAAGAUACCAGUGACUUCCCUUCUUCUCUUUCCGUGGUUCAUUUUACAAAACAUAAAUCCCUGCAUAUUUUAUAUAAACUAGACCAGGCAUGUCCAACAGGUAGAUCACGAUCUACUGGUAGAUCACUGGACGUCUGUGGUAGAUCAUCUUUGCCCUGCACCCCCAAAAAGGGAGUAGAUCACUGCCACUUUUUAACUCUGUGAGUAGAUCGCAGUCUCGUGGGAGUUGGCCACCCCAAACUAGACCAUUCAGUAUUCCAUUAUUACAUCCAUCAAAACUUAUAAACACUGCUGAAUUUAUCUUAAUGCUGCCCAUGUUUUCAAAUGAACGUAAUUUUCCUCCAUAUAUUCAACAAACAUUUUCCAGUCUUCUUUAAACGUAUGUUCUUUUUGCUGUCUUAGUCUAUAUGCUAGGUCUGCAAGCUGUGCAUAGUCCAUCAAUUUAAGUUGCCAUUCUGUUCUUAGGUAAAGGUAAAGGGACCCCUGACCAUCACAUCCAGUCAUGGCCGACUCUGGUGUUGCGGCGCUCAUCUCGCUUUAUUGGCCGAGGGAGCCGGUAUACAGCUUCCGGGUCAUGUGGCCAGUAGGACUAAGCCGCUUCCGAGCAGCGCACGGAAACACCGUUUACCUUCCCGCCCAAGCGGUACCUAUUUAUCUACUUGCACUUUGACGUGCGCUUUUGAACUGCUAGGUUGGCAGGAGCAGGGGCCGAGCAACGGGAGCUCACCCUGUCGCAGGGAUUCGAACCGCCUACCUUCUGAUCGGCAAGUCCUAGGCCUUGUGGUUUAACCCACAGCGCCACCCACGUCCCUUGUUCUGUUCUUACAGUGGUCAAAAAUGCCUGUGGGAAACCUGCUAGCAGGACCCCAGUAUUCUCCCCUCUCAUGGUCUCUCAUGGUAUGCCUUUGUAGUUUAAGUGUGUGAAUAGUUCCUUUUAUCUGUCCUGAAUCUUCAAACAUCCAGCGUUGUUGGACGUCCACAAGAUUGAGUGUUGGAUCCUUGCACAGGUGUGUGGCCUCACCUGUACGGUCUUUUUCUGGAAGCAACACAUGACUUGGAUUUAGCCCCAAAAUGAGCAUGAUAAGGAGCUCCUUGAAAGUGCAUCUGGUUUGACAGUUGCCAGGUGAACCUUGACACUCUUGUUUACAUGUUAGGAACACGAGUGGCUGUCUCAUACUGAGUUAGAGCACCGGUCCAUCUAGCUCAGUAUGGUCACAAAGCCCGUGGAGGCAUCUUGGAGAGAGUGGUUGGAAGGGGAGAAGGUGUAGGGAAUGGAGACGUGGACCCCGGGGAGAAACUCAUCAGGCUGGGACCUGUCAACUCAGAUCCUGGAGAGUGGCAGAGUGGACCAUCAGGCAGAAAUCCACAUUGGGCAUCAGGCAUGAGAAAAACCAAACACAACAAAUGCUCUUUCUGGUAAAUUCCAGCCUGGAGCUUAUAGGCUAGGGCAUGGGUAGGCAAACUAAGGCCCAGGGGCCGGAUCUGGCCCAAUCGCCUUCUAAAUCAGCCUGUUUUUACAUGAGUAGAACGUGUGCUUUUAUUUAAAAUGCAUCUCUGGGUUAUUUGUGGGGCAUAGGAAUUUGUUCAUUUCCGCCCCCAAAAUAUAGUCCGGCCCCCCACAAGGUCUGAGGGACAGUGGACCGGACCCCUGCUCAAAAAGUUUGCUGACCCCUGGGCUAGGGGAUCCUUCCAGUGUGUCUUUUGUAGCAUGUCCUGGACACAAUAAUAGUGGAUUAGUGGUGGUGUGCUGGUCCCAUGGGUUACCCGAGAGGCGAGGUCCAAGUCCGGUCCGUGAUCAAAGGUACAAUGGGGUGGCAGUCCGUAGUAGCUGAAGCUGGGUGCAAGGCAGGGAGGCGGGUGAAGUCAGGAACAGGCAUGCAAGCAGGGAGCCAGGGCAGGUCAGGAGCUCAGGCAGGUAAGCAGGACAGGGCCCAGGCAGGAACUAGCAACCAACAAUGUUCCUCCUGCAACUUGGGACUGGGGCUGACCAACUUUUAUCUUCCCCGAGGCACAGGGUGGCCCCGAUCCUCAGGUGACUCGCCUCUCCUGGCCUGGAGCUGAGCACUCCUCCUGCGAGAACUUAGUUCCCUCCGCCUCUCUGCCCUGAGCCUCUGCAGCUCAGGAGAGGCUGAAGGGUUACCGGACCCAGAGGCAACCUCCACUUCCUCUGAUGGGGCUGAGAGUGGAGCACCUGCAGGCAAUGGGUCCUCCAUCACCUCAGGAGCCAGAGCAGACUCAGCUGGUGCCUGAACCUGAGGAUCCAGCACAGGUGAGGACCCUUCAGGCUCAUGCCCCAGCCCCGGCUCAGCCGGUUCUGGAGGCAGGGAAUCCUGUGCAGGCUGGGAUCCCUCAGGUUCAGCAUCCGAGUCCAAAUCCCAGGCCAUCACAGGUGGAUUUAUACCGGACCAUCCACACAUUGUUCUGUUUUUUUGGUUGGUCUGUGAUGAUCUUCCAAAGCUAUUCCAUCACCACCAUCUGUAGGGACUGUCUAGAGCUAUAGGAUUUCAGUGGGGAUUUAUGGGUUUUUGUAGAUUAUUUGGAAAUGAAGCUGUAUGCCCAUCCUGAAACUUCUGCAGGCACAAACAUGAUUUAAAGCAGGAUCGCCUAUAACCACCCAGAUAUAACUGUGAGCGCAAAUAAUCAGGAAUGGAUGAUAAGCGGUAUGCCUGGAGAGUCACUUAGUCACAAGGAAGAGGGCGUAGCUUUGCAUCCUAAAUCUUGAGCAUAAAUAAGAGUCAUAGAGUUGGAAGGGACUCCAAUGACAUCUAUUUGACCCAGUUCUAUGAUUUUAUGAUCUAGUUCCUGCGAUGCAGGAAUCACAACUAAAGAAUCCCUGAUGGACGGCCAUCCAGCCUCUACCUUGUUUCAGGAAGUUUUUUUAUGUUUCACGUUUUAGUAUCUUUUGAUAUAUGCUAGGAGCCACCCAGAGUGGCUAGGGAAACCCAGCCAGAUAGGUGGGGUGUAAAGGUAAAGGUAAAGGUAAAGGACCCCUGACAGUUAAGUCCAGUUGUGGACGACUCUGGGGUUGCGCGCUCAUCUCGCCGAAGGACCUGGCGUUUGUCCACAGACAGCUUCCAGGUCAUGUGGCCAGGUCUGGCGAACCAGAGCAGCGCACGGAAACACCGUUUACCUUCCCGCCAGAGCAGUACCUAUUUAUUUACUUGCACUGGUGUGCUUUCGAACUUCUUGGUGGGCAGGAGCAGGGACCGAACAACGGGAGCUCACCCUGUCGUGGGGAUUCGAACCGCUGACCUUCUGAUCGGCAAGCCUUAGUAGGCUCUGUGGUUUAGACCACAGCACCACCCGCCACCCCGGUGGGGUAUAAAUAAUAAAAUUAACAACAACAACAACAAUAAUUGAAAAACCUCGGAUGAAGGAGAGUCCACCACCUUCUGAAGGAGUUUUUUCCGCUUUGAACAGUUCUUGUUGUCAGAAAGCUCUUCCUAAUGUUUAGCUGAAAUCUCCUUUCUCGUCAUUUGAAUCCAUUGGUUUGCAUCCUGUGCUUUUCGGUGGAGCAGAAAACAAGCUUGCUCCAUCUCCCCUUCAGAUAUUUGAAGAUGCCUAUCAUAUCUCCUCUUAGUCUCCUCUUCUCCAUGCUAGAAGAAGAGGAAGAAGAGUUUGGAUUUGAUAUCCCGCCUUUCACUCCCUUUAAGGAGUCUCAAAGCGGCUAACAUUCUCCUUUCCCUUCCUUCCCCACAACAAACACUCUGUGAGGUGAGUGGGGCUGAGAGACUUCAGAGAAGUGUGACUGGCCCAAGGUCACCCAGCAGCUGCAUGUGGAGGAGCGGAGACGCGAACCCGGUUCCCCAGAUUACGAGACUACCACUCUUAACCACUACACCACACUGGCUCUCUUAACCACUACACCACACUGGCUAAGCCAAACUCCCUCAGCCGUUCCUCAUAACUUGGAUUCCAGACCCUUUCUCCUUUGGCUGCCCUCCUCUGCACACCUCCCAGCUUGUCAACACCCUCUUUAAAUUGUGGUAUGCAGAAUUAGAAACAGUAUUCCAGGUGUGGCCUGACCAAAGCAGAAUAGAAUGGGAUUAUUACUUCCUUUGAUCUGGACGCUAGACCUCUGCUGAUGCAGCCUAGAACAUCAUUAGCUAAAUAGGACUUUACAUUUGCUGAGAAUGCCCUCUCUCUUUCUGAAAUCUAAAUGGCAGAGUGGUGUCACCUGUAUCUCGUUUGUGUAUUUCUUGAUUGUGUCUAGUUUUGUAUUCCUUGGAAAAUCUUCACCCUGAAGCUUCUUGGCAGUGCCCCCACCCUGUGUUUUUCCAUGCUACUUGAGAGAGGGGGGAACUGAGUGGGAGCAGGGCUGAUGAGUGGCGUCAUUUUAAUUAGAGAACCCUCCGUUGAUUAGCUCUCCAGCUUAAUGAUCUUGCUGCUAUAAAUUACCCAGAAAAGAAUUGACAAAGGAUUGCAUUAGGUUCCCCCCCCCCUUUAGAGAGGGAACUGUAAGGUCGUUUUCCACUUCGUUAAGCCUGGGUGCCCUUCCCCCUUCUCAUCCCUGAUCUAUCCUAGGACACCAGCUCCUUUUCCAAGAUUGAAGUCGUGGGAGAGGAGAAAAGCGCUUUAACCUAGACGAAUUUCCGGUCACUGCACACUGGUGAUCUUUGUUCUUCCUCCAAAAUCUGUUAAUGCAAGCGGAAAAGAGACGGGGUGUGCAGAAAACUCUAUCAGGACAUAAGAACGUAAGAUUUAGCGUAAAUAGUAAGCUGCUUUGUGCAGAGCCAGAGCAUUGGUCCCGCUAGCUCAGUAUGUCUACACGGACGGGCAGGUUCUCUUCAAGUCCUACCUGAAGGAGCGUCUCCAUCCCCAUCAUUCUACCCAGACACUGAGGUCCAGUGCUGAGGGCCUUCUGGCGGUUCCCUUGCUGCGAGAAGCCAAGUUACAGGGAACCAGGGCCUUCUCGGUGGUGGUGCCCGCCUUGGGAAGGUAAACGGUGUUUCCGUGCGCUGCUCUGGUUCACCAGAAGCGGCUUAGUCAUGCUGGCCACAUGACCCGGAAGCUGUACGCCGGCUCCCUCGGCCAAUAAAGCGAGAUGAGGACCGCAACCCCAGAGUCGGCCACGACUGGACCUAAUGGUCAGGGGUCCCUUUACCUUUUCCCCAACUCUCUGAUUCUAUAGAACAAGGCAGGUUCUUAUGUUCCAAUGUUCCAGGAACCUUCUGCAUACAAAGCAGACGCUUCCCCACCAAGCUUUUCCCUUCCCCUUGCUUUUGUGCUACCAUCCAUUUGCCUCUGAAUUCCUGGCAUAAAUCUUCCAGUGGUUCCUUGUCACUGAAAAAGCCUCCAUGUCUGCAUUGAUGCACCAGCCGUGCAGUGAAUUCAGGGCACCCUAUUUACAUAAUGUGGAAGCAAUUGAUUGCAAGGAGGUGAUGAGUAAUUGUCUCAACAGCCCGGGCUCCAUUUACUGUUUCCUCGCCUGCCGCUACAGCAAUCAAACUGCCGCCUGAUGGAGCUUUUUCCACUGAGAGCAUGCGAAAGAUCAGGAAGGAAAUUCUUCCUCCAGUGCCUUUGCCUUCUGCUUCCCAGGAAACUCCACAAAUGGCCUGCCCUGGAAAGGGGCUGGGUCAGGGGUGGUGGUGUAGCAGGGACCCUUUUAAAAACCAGAGGCCUCUGGCUGCGAUUGCAUCUGUCCCUGGGGCCAAAAAUGCACCUUUGCCCUGAAUCACAGAGCACAUGACUAACAGGAGCUGUCAAGAAGAAUAUUGACCAUCAAGAAGGAUGCUGUCCCUUUAAGAAUCAGAGAAGGAAGAAGCGCUGGUCCACAGAGCUAGGAAAAGAUAAGGAAUAAUUGAUGACUCCUGAUUCCCUUUCCCUUUUAGAAAUACCGCUAUCUAUUUGCAAUGGUUGACAGCAUCUUAAAAAGCAGAGACAUCACCUUGCCAACAAAGGUCCGUAUAGUUAAAGCUAUGGUUUUCCCAGUCGUGAUGUAUGGAAGUGAGAGCUGGACCAUCAAGAAGGCUGAUCGCCAAAGAUUUGAUGCUUUUGAAUUCUGGUGCUGGAGGAGACUCUUGAGAGUCCCAUGGACUGCAAGAAGAUCAAACCUCUCCAUUCUGAAGGAAAUCAGCCCUGAGGCUCACUGGAAGGACAGAUCCUGAAGCUGAGGCUCCAGUACUUGGGCCACCUCAUGAGAAGAGAAGACUCCCUGGAAAAGACCCUGAUGUUGGGAAAGAUGGAGGGCACAAGGAGAAGGGGACGACAGAGGACGAGAUGGUUGGACAGUGUUCUCGAAGCUACCAGCAUGAGUUUGACCAAACUGCGGAAGGCAGUGGAAGACAGGAGUGCCUGGCGUGCUCUGGUCCAGGGGGUCACGAAGAGUCGGACACGACUAAACAACAACAACAAUUUGCAAUGGUUAAAUCCAUCAUGUCUGCAUGUGAGGGGGCACAUUUGGGGUUGAGUUUCUUUUUCAGGGAGGGGUUGAGGCCAGUGUCAAAUCUAGCUAGAUGUCCCUUUCCUGGGCUGAAGACUACUAUACUAUGUCACUUCUGCUAGUGGUGUCUUUGAAGAUAGAAACAUCUCAGCCUCUAUGUUUUCUUCUACAGGCCCUUCCUCUGCACAGAAAGAAAUCUGCUUUUUGCAAUAUGCCCUCACCAUGUAGUGUAUCUAAGUACGUGCAGAGUGCAUUUUUCUCGCCUCAGGCUGCAGUAAAUCCACAUAAGGGGGGGGGGAGCGACUAUGAGCAGUGUCUCUUCUGUAAUACUGCCUUUUUCUUUUUUCUUUUGGUAAGUGGGGAAAUAGUGAAAACCCCCAGCCACUUAAUUUUGUUCUGGCUUUACAAUCCUGCUAUCCUGGUGACUUGAGCAUUCUGAGCGGGCUGGUAAAAUUCUGGCUGGAUAUAUGAGCAGGAACCCCACUGGGAAGGAGCGCAGUGGAUUGUAAUGGGUUGUAGGAUCUGAAUUACAGUAUUUUUUGCUCUAUAAGACUCACUUUUUCCCUCCUAAAAAGUAAGGGGAAAUGUGUGUACGUCUUAUGGAGCGAAUGCAGGCUGCGCAGCUGUCCCAGAAGCCAGAACAGCAAGAGGGAUUGCUGCUUUCACUGCACAGCGAUCCCUCUUGCUGUUCUGGCUUCUGAGAUUCAGAAUAUUUUUUUCUUGUUUUCCUCCUCCAAAAACUAGGUGUGUCUUGUGGUCUGGUGCGUCUUAUAGAGCGAAAAAUACGGUAUUUACCGCUUUCUGUGAAAUUCGCCUCCUGCUAAUCAUUGGCUGAACCUGAGCUGUUGCGAUUCUGAGCUGCUUGGAAUAUUUGGCUCCAUAACCUACCUAGAAUGUUGAGGCCCAGCCCUGGUGUAGGUGCGAGAACGAUGAGCUCUCUGAGCAUGCGCAGAGGCUUCCACAGACUCAUAAGACCCUGACCCUGAUUUAUGUACCCGAAUCCCCUGAAUUUCUGUUUGGUUUUAUGUGCUUUUAUGCCGCCGGUUUUGGGUGGUAGUUUUGUUUUAAUGACGCUGCUUGUUUUUAUGCUGCAUUUACAAACUCUAAAUGUUUUUCAAUAAAUCAAAUUGAGUAAAUAUCAGUCUCACAUCUGGAGCAGCUAACACCAGCCUGCACUUAUCCUGGGAAAUGGGGUCCUUUCUUCUAACCCAGAUUUUUCCUCUUUCCCCUCCACAGAGCCAGCUGUCUCAGGCGCUGAACGGACUCUCAGACAGAGCAAAGGAGGCCAAAGAAUUCUUGGUGCAACUACGGAACAUGGUGCAGCAAAUCCAGGUACGCUCUCGAAUCCGCCAGGUGGAAAUGGGAGCUGGAUGCAACAUUUGGGGACCUGAAACCGAAAGCCCAAAUUGGAACCCUGGCCACUGCCCAGCCAAGCAGCCCCCUAACCAGAUGUCCUUCAGCUGUUUUUUUGUUUAUUUAAUUUUUUUAACAUAAUUAUUACAAAAUAUAAGCAAAAUAUUGCAAAUACAUACAUACAUAUAUAUUUCAGAUAAGCCCACAUAUAUAAAAAAGAACAAAAGAUAAAAAAGAAGAAAAGAAGAAAGAAGAAAAAAUAAAGAGAAAAAAGAAGAAAAGUUGGAAGAAUUUCUUCCAAAUUUAUUCUACAAAUAUCUCAAUAUGAAAUGAAUAGUAAAAUUUCACUGAUUGACUUCCAUCGCUUACACUGCACUUCCUAUAUACAUUUUAAGCAAGGUUGUAUCUGUUAUUCUGUAUUUUCCCCAUACUAUCUCACGCAAAUAUCCUAAUCAAUAAGUUUUCUAAAUCUUUCAUAAAUCUUUUCUAAACACAACCAAUACCUCCAGCUGUUUUGGAUUAGAACUCCCAUCAGCCCCCGACCAUGAUGACUGGGGGCAGACCCACACCAUAAUUUAAAUCAUCCAUAGUUUAAAGCACCCAGCGUGCAUGUCCAGCACAUGACUUCCCCCAAAGUAUCCUAGGAAUGGUUAAGAGCAUGAGAUGAACCUGUUGAAUCAGGCCAAUGCCCUAUUGAGUCCGGCGUCCUCUUCUCAGAGUGGCCACCCAAUGCUUGUGGGAAACGCGCAAGUAGGAUUCGAACACGAGAACAACAUUCUCCCACCCCAUAGUUCCCAGUGUAGCCUUAUUAGACUUUACCGAUUGGUGGGGUCUGCGUUGCUCCCGGACGGGAGGAAGGAAGUCAAAUGACACCGAGGUUUGGUUCAGAAAAAGAGUUUAUUCUGCUCUCCGGAUAGCAGAAGGCAUUGCGUGAAUCGGUUCACCACAAGCACAAAAGCAAGAGAAAUUGCAUACAGUAUAUAUAUCCUCCAGGCACCCUCUCCCCCCUUCCCCAGGAAUCCACCACGUCAGCUUAUACACGUAAGUUGACAUCCAUGACCAUAAACAGAUGUUCCUGUUCCGGCACUCCCAACCAUAAAAGGUUGUUCCUGUUCCUGUAUUCCUUAUCUUGGGGUAAGAAGGUCACCAACUCUAAGAGCACUCAUCAUAGAAUCAUAGAAUCAUAGAAUCAUAGAAUCAUAGAGUUGGAAGAGACCACAAGGGCCAUCGAGUCCAACCCCCUGCCAAGCAGGAAACACCAUCAGAGCACUCCUGACAUAUGGUUGUCAAGCCUCUGCUUAAAGACCUCCAAAGAAGGAGACUCCACCACACUCCUUGGCAGCCAAUUCCACUGUCAAACAGCUCUUACUGUCAGGAAGUUCUUCCUAAUGUUUAGGUGGAAUCUUCUUUCUUGUAGUUUGGAUCCAUUGCUCCGUGUCCGCUUCUCUGGAGCAGCAGAAAACAACCUUUCUCCCUCCUCUAUGUGACAUCCUUUUAUAUAUUUGAACAUGGCUAUCAUAUCACCCCUUAACCUCCUCUUCUCCAGGCUAAACAUGCCCAGCUCCCUUAGCCGUUCCUCAUAAGGCAUCGUUUCCAGGCCUUGGACCAUUUUGGUUGCCCUCCUCUGGACACGUUCCAGUUUGUCAGUGUCCUUCUUGAACUGUGGUGCCCAGAACUGGACACAGUACUCCAGGUGAGGUCUGACCAGAGCAGAAUACAGUGGCACUAUUACUUCCCUUGAUCUAGAUGCUAUACUCCUAUUGAUGCAGCCCAGAAUUGCAUUGGCUUUUUUAGCUGCCGCGUCACACUGUUGGCUCAUGUCAAGUUUGUGGUCAACCAAGACUCCUAGAUCCUUUUCACAUGUACUGCUCUCAAGCCACUCCUGGCGCCGUUCCCGGGUCUCUUGUCAGACCUGACAAGGUCAGUGCGUCAGUGUGGUCAGGAUGUAAGAUAAGACCCAGAUGUGCCAUCCCUGCUCCACUUGGAACUGGCAAGGCCAUCCAUUGCCGUCAUGGACUGAUAAAGGAGAGGGCUUUGAGCACUUGUUUAUACAGCUGGGUUUCUGUUUAUACAUUGAUUCAAGUGCUCAAGUUAAUGCAUUUUAGAAAUGCUCUCUUGGAGAAGUUUCAGACUGACUGCACAGAAACCCAUUCCUUCACCAGCAACUGGUAGUUUGUUAAAGGUCCUGGGAAUUGCAGCUCUGUGAGGAGGAAACUACGGUUUCCCAGGAUUCAUUUUGGGGGAGAAAGUCAUGUGCUUUUCCUGAGCAUUGGAAGUCCUUUGAACCCCGGGGCUGAUGGGAGCUGUGGGCUAAAACAGCUGGCGGGCACAAAGUUGGACCAUGUCACUUACGUGGUUUUUAAAAUAUUUAUAUUUUAUUUUAAAAAUUCAGUGGAAAUAUGAUAUGAAAGAAAGGAAAUGUGAAAGGAAAGAAAGAGGAAAAAUUAUCAAAACAAUUCAAUACAACAGCAUAUAUAAGUACAGUGGUACCUCAGGUUACAUACGCUUCAGGUUACAGACGCUUCAGGUUACAGACUACGCUAACCCAGAAAUAGUGCUUCAGGUUAAGAACUUUGCUUCAGGAUGAGAACAGGAAUUGGGCUCCGGCGGCACGGCAGCAGCAGGAGGCCCCAUUAGCUAAAAUGGUGCUUCAGGUUAAGAACAGUUUCAGGUUAAGUACGGACCUCCGGAACGAAUUAAGUACUUAACCUGAGGUACCACUGUACAUAAGCAGUACUUUUUGUUUGUUUUUGUGGGCCCAGUCGCAGUGCCACCCCCACCCCCAGGCAGUGGCUAAAUGUAAGAUGUGAUUCAUAAACUCAAGCAGACAAUGAUCUCAAUUAGAAAUGGCCACAACUUUAUUGAUUGCAGAUAUAAGUGGAUUUUUGGCUCGGACGUUGGGUUUUACAUCCAUUCCAGCCUGCCCAGACCAAAAAAAAUAUAUUUAAUUUAAAGAAAGAUAAGUGAACUUGGUUCCCACGAGUUCCUGCUCCAAAAUAACCCUGCACAUUAGUAGCACAAUUAAUCCAACAAAUUCUUAACACGGCAUUAUGCUUUUUACAAACUGAUUCCAAAUAUUUAUCCACACGCAAUCUGUGUUUCAAAGCAAUCCGUUCGUAUGUUGCUAGAGUCGUCGUCUCUUUCAUCCAUUGAUCGAUGGGAGCCAUAGCACAUUAUCUUUCCGACUGAAUAAUAUUGGUCUUUUCGCAGAAGUAAGGGCACAGAGAGUCCGUUUACACUGACCCUUUGUCAAACCCCAGGCAGCUGGAAUAUAGUUCAAAAUAAUAUUACCACCGGACAGUUUAAAUUCCCCCCACCCCAAGUAGUAUUUAGGCGAGAUGGAGAGGUGUUGGGUACCACUGCUGUCGCUGCAGCAUCUUCUAAAGAUAUGGCAUAGCCGAGGCAAUUAUUCUCCGUGCAGCCUCCCUGCCCCCCAGCCAAGCCUGAUAACAUCUCUGCAAAUGUGCCUGGUGGGUUAAUGCAAACCUCCGGAGGAAUUGGGCUUCCAUGCGGCAUUGAUUUAAAGUGUGGCUCCUGCGCUGUGGAUGGCUGGCUUUGGUUUCUAGGAAGGCUGCUCCUCCCCGCCUUUCCCUAUUAAGCUGUGGAGAGUCAUCCAUCACAGCCGGGCUGAGCUGUUGCCAAAUUAAACCCCCGCCCCCUACCGCUGCCUCGCCCCACUUUGUAUGCCUUGAUGUUAGUAAUCCCUCUGGGGACUAAUCCUGCCUCGCCUAACAGAGCAGCCCUGCUGUGGACGGAGACGCACAACUGUUUCAGUGAAGGGGUUUGAUCUCCAGGAAUGGGUUGGAAAGGCCGGGGAGGUUUUGCAAGAGCUCUGCUUUCUCAAGGCAGCACACAGCUGCUGUUCGAUUGUAAGGGACCCGGUAGCUCGAGCCUGUUACCUGUUUUUGUGUGGAGGAGGGGUAAUGUAAGGGCUGAGCCACAUCAGGGCAGGAUUAAGCAAAAUAAGCACGUGCUUAGGGCAUCAAGGGGAAGGGGAGGGCACCGCAGAAAUUUUCCAUUGCUGGAUUUUUUAACAUUCGUGGUCACAAAUGGCUCAGCUGAGCAUUCAUGUCCUCAACUGAAGUAUAUUUAAAAUCCCAGCAGAACAACUAUUCAACAAGGCAGGCUGCAUGCCUUAUCUCAACUAAGUGUAGAAGCAGAUGUUUUACAUAAGAUUAGUUUUGAGAAUCUGGUCAAAGACUACAAUUAGAAAAAGCAGGAGAAUUUUUUUCAGAUAUAAAUAAAGUGGAAGUAGACAAAAAUAAACACUCUUUCCCAUUUUACUGUAGGUUUUGUUUCAUUUCAAAAAGUGUAAAUUUAUUUUAUGGUUUAUAUUUUGAAUUAGAUAUAUAUACAGGGCACCCAAAUCCUUUAAGUGCUUAGGGUCUCUAAAGGUCUUAAUCUGGCCCUGAUCCACACUUAGUCUUGUCCCACUAUUUCCCCCACCCCCGGGCAAAACUGCUCUUUAGUGCUCAGUUGGAGCAAACAGCAAUCUGAUUUUUGCACAGAUUGCUGUUUGCUCCGAUUUAGAGCUAAAGACUGGGUUUUUCCUGGGAAAGGAGCAGGGCAAGGUAGCAGCUGCUCAGGUCCAUGCUUUCUAGGACAAGCAAAAGUGUGGGUGAGCCCUUAGUUGAGCGGUAAAUGUGCAUAACAACCAGCCAUUGUGCACAUUCACCAGGCCUCCUGGAGAAUGUGCACAUCAUCUGCACACGAAAUGUGUACGUUUCUUAGUCAAUAUCUGCCACCUCCAGCGGGCCUUGGGGAAUCUUCAUGCAGCUCAGGAGAGCCUUCCCCAACCUGGUGCCCUCCAGAUGUUUGGGGCUGCAUCCCUCAUCUGCCAUACCCCCUAGGACCGAUGUGCAUGCUACUCUGCAACAUCUGGAGGGCACCAAGUCGGGGUAGACUUGCAUGAAGACAAGACCAUGUAAUAGGAGCUGCUUCAACUGUCCCUAUCACUGGGACCAUCUCACAGGUGUUUUGCCCCACAGGAGAACAGCGUGGAGUUUGAAGCCUGCCUCGUCGCCCAGUGUGAUGCCCUCAUUGAUGCCCUCAACCGGAGGAAAGCUCAGCUGUUGACGCGGGUCAACAAGGAACAUGAGCACAAGCUGAAGGUUGGUCUGGGGUGAGGGUGGUGGUGAUGUAUCUGGGGGCAUCGUACGGCCUUUGGACAAGAAUGGCCAGCAAGGUUGACAUGGGUGAUGGACACAGAUGGGAGACAGUUGCAGGAGGGGAAAGUACCCUUGUGCUGGGGUCCUACUUGGGGGUUUCCCAUUGGGGCUAAGGGUUGUCCACUGUGAGAAGAGGAUGCUGGACUCAGUGGGCCAACAUCAUCGCCCAGCAGAGCUCUUCUGAGUAAUAAACAAGAAGAUAAGAAGGUGGGGGCUGGCUGAGGGCAGACUGAGGUUGGUGAGACAAGAUCCAUAAAGGUAAAAGGUAAAGGAUCCCUGGACGGUUAAGUCCAGUCAAAGGCGACUAUGGGAUUGCGGUGCUCAUCUCGCUUUUCAGGCUGAGGGAGCCGGUGUUUGUCCACAGACAGCUUUCCAGGUCAUGUGGCCAGCAGGACUAAACCACUUCUGGUGCAACGGACACCGUGACGGAAACCAGAGCGCACAGAAACACUGUUUACUUUCCUGCCACAGUGGUACCUAUUUAUCUACUUGCACUGGUGUGCUUUCAAACUGCUAGAUUGGCAGGAGCUGGGACAGAGCAACGGGAGCUCACUCCAUUGCGAGGAUUCGAACCACCGACCUUCUGAUCGGCAAGCCCAAGGACCAAAGCGCCACCUGCGUCCCUAAAAUAUAGAUCCAUGUAGGUAGCUGUCUCUCUACAUUUGUGAGAACUGGUGCCCUCCAGUUAUUUUGGAUUUCAACUGCCAUCGCCUCAAGCCUGCACACUUGCUUUGCUGUUGUUGUUUAGUCGUGUACGACUCUUUGUGACCCCCUGGACCAGAGCACGCCAGGCACUCCUGUCUUCCACUGCCUCCCGCAGUUGGGUCAAACUCAUGUUUGUAGCUUCGAGAACACUGUCCAACCAUCUCAUCCUCUGUCGUCCCCUUCUCCUUGUGCCCUCCAUCUUUCCCAACAUCAGGGUCUUUUCCAAGGAGUCUUCUCAUGAGGUGGCCAAAGUCUUGGAGCCUCAGCUUCAGGAUCUGUCCUUCCAGUGAGCACUCAGGGCUGAUUUCCUUCAGAAUGGAGAGGUUUGAUCUUCUUGCAGUCCAUGGGACUCUCAAGAGUCUCCUCCACCACCAUAAUUCAAAAGCAUCCAUUCUAUGGCGAUCAGCCUUCUUUAGGGUCCAGCUCUCACUUAAAACCAUAGCUUUAACUAUACGGACCUGCACAUACAAUUCAGGGAUAGCUGAGCAGGGCUUCUCCCUGCUCCACCCAGACUCCCUGAAGCCCCCACCCGUCUCCAGCGCACGCAGGAAUGAUUAGAGGGCUGGGAUGAUUUAGGGAUGAGGGUGCAGCCACCAUGGGAGGGAGGGGGCCUGGAAACUGCCGUGGCAACAGUUGCCAUAGAAACACCCGGAGAUGGAGGGAGGGAGGGAUGGCAGUGUGUGUGGCAUGCGGAGGACCAGAAGCAACAGAUAAGCCCAGGGAGAAUUGACCUUGGAGAUGGAGGGCAGCUGCUUGUGUGCUGUGUACACUCUCCUCCGAGGAAAGGUUACAGCUCCUUUCCCAGGAGGGGGUUUGCGGCUGCACGAGAGAAUUGAUUGAAAGGAAAUGGACUAGCGGAGGAAUGAGAGAGUCCAUCUCCUGGGCUUUUUCAAUGCACCACUGCAACACAGGCUGAAUGUAGGAAGAAGGUUGCUCCUAACUGGGUCGGCCGGAGCCAAAAGUCUCUCCCCCUGGGAAUAGUCAAAGGCAGCAGUGCUGAGAUGUUUUCCAGCCCAGUUAACUCAAACACAUUUUUGUCUAUUCAGCAGAGGAUUCCAAUAGGUUUCCCUGCAUGCACAGAGGCGGCCAGCUCAGAGCUUUUGGCUUUCCACCCUCAUCCUUCCCUUAGACCUCUCUGUGUGUGUCUUUGAAUACCGCGGGCAUUUUCAGAGCAGAACUAAGAUGUCUCUUCAAAGGAAACCUGCGUCGCUCCUUACAGUAGAAUGCAGCAGGGGCUUCGUCGUAGUGGAACAGCUCCGUCUUGCAGGUCCUUUAGAAAGAUGUCAAGUCCCGCAGGGCCCUAGUCUCUUGUGACUACCAGAUCGGAGCCACAGCCGAAAAAGCCCUGGCUCUGGUUGAGGCCAGCCUAACCUCCCUGUGGCCCGGGAUCUCCAAGAUGUUUUUAUUUGAAGACCGUAAGGUCCUCCGUGGGACAUACCAGGAGAGGCGGUCCCGUAGGUACGAGGGUCCUAGGCCGUAUAUGGCUUUAAAGGUUAAAACCAGCACCUUAAACCUGAUCCUGUACUCCACCGGGAGCCAGUGCAGCUGGUAUAGCACUGGGUGAAUAUGAUCCCGUGGCAAGGACCCCGUAAGGAGUCUCGCCACGGCAUUCUGCGGCCGCUGGAGUUUCUGGGUCAUUCUCAAGGGCAGCCCCACGUAGAGUGAGUUACAUGUGUGGGGUAUAAAUUGUAAAGGGGUGAUAAUUUGAAAAAUGUAUCCUUAUGCAAUGGGAUGCCCCUAUUUUCAUCGGAGAAAUGUUGGAGGGUAUGCCAUCCUCGUGUUGCCACCCCAUGUGGACAGGGCACUCAGAGAACAGCCUCAGAUGAUGAACACAGAGUUCGGAUGAUGAAGAAAUGAUCACCACAGUUCUCAAGAUACUGGGUUCUGCUCCCUUUCCUGAAUCAUACAACCUGUGAGGGCUCCAAGAUUGUGAAAUGACAGUUUGUUCAGCUUGUUCUGAUUAGAAGAGUGGGGUGUGUGUGUGUGUGUGUGAGAGAGAGAGAGAGAGAGAGAGAGAGAGAGAGAUUCUUGAGAGAGGAGAAGCUCAGGAGGAAGAAACAGAUGACGUUUGCAAAGCUGAUAAUGAGCUUUGGGGUCUCUUAAAGGACUUGGAUGUAACUUGAGUUCCCUUGAGCAGUUAUUUACACAACAUCACCCCUCAGUAAUGAGUGCCUUGGCCCUCCCGGCUCCCCAUCUUCUCUGCCUCCUGGAUUGUUUUAUGAGCUGUAAAGUUGCGUUGAGCAUUUGAGUACUUCAUUGUGGCCCAGAGGCAGAACUCAUUUGGGUCAUACCAUAUUCACAUUUGUUGGUCUUAGAUUUGAAAUUCCACCAUCUUUUAAUGUCAUAUAACUUCCUGAUAUGUCCUCUAAGCCUUCCAUAACAAAACCCACUGAAAGAAAUGGAAAUUACCGGUAAUUCAGAGUGAAUGUAGAAAAGUGAAACACAAAUCCAUCAAUUUUUAAAAAUUAAAUAAACCUAUUUCUAGGAUCUUCUUGCUGUAUUCUUCCUAAUAUAAUAUAAUAUAAUAUAAUAUAAAAAAAUAAUAUAAAAAAAUAAUAUAAUAAUACUAUACUAUACUAUACUAUACUAUACUAUACUAUACUAUACUGUACUAUAAUAUAAUAUAAUAUAAUAUAAUAUAAUAUAAUAUAAUAUAAUAUAAUAAUUUAUACCACGCCAAUCUGGCUGGGUUUCCCCAGCUACUGGGCGGCUCCCAACCGAAUAUUAAAAACACAAUACAGCAUUAAACAUUCAAAACAUCCCUAAACAGGGCUGCCUUCGGAUGACACCCCCAAAGAUUUUGAGCCCCCCCUUCUUUUUAUGCAAAAAUGUUAAAAACAACGUGAUCUUUCAAUUGAUUUACCUAAGUUCCAGGACAAAGCACUGCAUUUUGAAAAUUCCCUCCAGACAUCACUUCCACCUCUGAAAUCCCGAUAAUGUCCAGGAAAAUCUGGGCGUAUGACAGCCCUAUGUGGACUUGCAAGUUUUUAACUCCCUGCAUUUUUACUGAGGACUGGAUUUUACGUACCCAAAACUUACGCUUUUGUUUUUGAAUAAAAGUAAGUUUCUAGCCCUUAUGGACAUGGGAAGAGUCCCUGGGGCUGGAGAAGGGCCAAGUGUGACUUCCAGCGAUGCUGGAAUGGGGCUUGAGGACUCACUAGAACAACUUAUUCGCUCUCCAGCGCCCAGCAUCAUAAAUGAUGCAGAAAGAUAAAUAACCAUGCAUAAUGUGGCACUAAUUAUGCAAAAUAUAUUUGCAUUGCUUUAUGAGCAUCAUUUAUUUAGAGUGCAGCAUUUGUCUUUGCUGCGGCUCAGAGGCUGGGUUUUAAAUAAUGCACAGCAUACCCGGGCCAGUUUUUAACUCUUUGCAGGGCCAAGGCUUUGUAGCGUCCAGAUCAAGGGACGUAAUAUUCCUGCUCGAUUCUGCCUUGGUCAGGCCACACCUGGAGUACUGUGUCCAGAUCUGGGCACUACAAUUUAAGGAAGUUGACAAACUGGAAUGUGUGCAAAGAACAACAACCGAGAUGAUAAAGGGUCUGAACCAAGCCUUAGAAGGAAUGUUUGAGGGAGUUGGGUAUGUUUAGCCUGAAAAAGAGGAGACUGAGAGGAGAUAUGAGAGCCAUCUUCAAAUAUCUUUUUUUAUUAUUCUAUCAUCAUCAUCAUCAUCAUCAUUAUUUACUUCCAAAACUGAAAAAAGAAAAAUUACAAACAUCAAAUUCAACAUCCAUAUUCAUUUUCUAACACACACCUAUUACAUAAUUAACUAAAUUAAAAUAUACCUAAUUACACUAAACUUCUAUUUGCUGUAUACAAAUACAACACAGUUUGAAAUUUUACAUUAAAGCUUUUAUAUUAUAAAUAAUAUAGCCUGAAAAAGAGGAGACUGAGAGGAGAUAUGAGAGCCAUCUUCAGAUAUCUUAAGGGCUGCCACAUGGAGGAGGGAGCAAGCUUGUUUUCUCCUGCUUUUAAGGGUAGGUCCCAAACCAAUGGAUUUAAGUUACAAGAAAGGAGAUUCCGACUAAUCAUCAGGAAUAGCUUUCUGAUGGUAAGAGCUGCUCAGCAGUGGAAAGGUCUCUCUUGGGGGGUGGUGGACUCUCCUUCCUUGAAAGCUUUUAACCAGAGGUUGGAUGGGCGUCAGGGAUGCAGGUGGCGCUGUGGUCUAAACCACUGAGCCUCUUGGGCUUGCCGAUCAGAAGGUCGGCAGUUCGAAUCCCCGCAAUGGGGUGAGCUCCCGUUGCUCGGUCCCUGCUCCUGCCAACCUAGCAAUUUGAAAGCACACCAAAAAGUGCAAGUAGAUAAAUAGGUACCACUGUGGUGGGAAGGUAAAUGGCGUUUCCGUGCGCUGCUCUGGUUUCGGUGUUCCGUUGCGCCAGAAGCGGCUUAGUCAUGCUAGCCACAUGACCUGGAAAAACUGUCUACAGACAAACACUGGCUCCCUCGGCCUGUAAAGCAAGAUGAGUGCUGCAACCCCAGAGUCGUCUGCGACUGGACUUAAUGGUCAGGGGUCCUUUACCAGCCAGUGCAGUGUAGUGGUUAAGAGUGGUAGUCUCGUAAUCUGGGGAACCGGGUUCGCUUCCCCGCUCCUCCACAUGCAGCUGCUGGGUGACCUUGGGCUAGUCACACUUCUCUGAAGUCUUUCAGCCCCACUCACCGCACAGUGAGUUUGUUGUGGGGCAGGAAGGGAAAGGAGAUUGUGAGCCGCUUUGAGACUCCUUCGGGUAGUGAUAAAGCGGGAUAUCAAAUCCAAACUCUUCUUCUUCUUCUUUACCUUUACUUUGGGAUGGCCAUCAGUCAUGGAUGCUUUAACUGAGAUUCUUUAUCGCAGGCUUCCAACUUUAUGAUUCUUUGGUUCAAAGGUUUGUUGAUAGGGAUGAGAGAUUUCUGAUACUGCAAAUACAGUAUUUGCACAAGUAGAUUCAGACACUCACCAUACCUCAGCCCUCACAGAGCUAUAGUUCCCAAAGUGGUUUAAUAAUCAAUCACUUUCCCCAGGAAACUCUGAGAAUUGCAGCUCUCUGAGUGGAAUAGCAAACUACAGUUCCCAGGAUUCUCUGGGGGGGGGGGAAGGAACCGCUGUUUAAAGUGGUAUGAGCCCCCGUUAAAUAUAUAGUGUGGAGUGGACCUUAUUCAAGAGAAUUAGAGGCAGCUGGUAGUGCGUUGAAUCAGAGGUAAUGCAUAUCAAGUCCUUUCAGAUUUUGUCUGUAAUGUAUUAUUGUACAGACAUGUUGGCCAUCAACUGGGCUUGCUGUUGCGGUUAUAAAAAGGUCAUAGGUCAGGAGUCACCCCUGGCCCAGGUCAAGCCCUAACCUCACAGGCUACAGCUCUGUCCCCUGACACCAGUUAAGGCCCCUCUGGGACUGUGUUGAACCUCCUUCUGUGAAGCUAAGAUUAUGAGCCAUUAUUGAAUUUCCGGAGCCCCUGAAACUCCUUCCUUGCCAUACCUGAGACAGACCAUGCAUCACCCUGUGAUUUAUACACACGGAGUUUAUGUGCAGAGCAGAUGGUGGCUCCUUCAAUAAUAUUCUGAAAGCGUCAACUUUGAGUGGAGAGGCGAGAGAUUUCAUUAUCUGGGAAGAGCAGGAACCUCGACUUAAGCUGUAAAGAAGAUAAGGAGAUAAAAGAUGGUUUCCCCCGCAAAUCCCAUAUUUGCAAUCUCGCUCUCCAGGGCUGGGCUCAUCUCCGCAAAGAGCAUUACCGGAGGCCGACGUGAUGAAAGGGAAGGCUCUUUCAAUGCUUUGCUUACUUGUCCUGAGGCUGGAGAUUUUAUAGGAACAGAGGAAGCUGCCUUAUGCUGAAUUCCAUUGCAUGCCCUGUAAUAAAUUAAGCACCCGAAUACCACUGCAUGACAACUGCCUACCACCAGGUAGCAAACACUGAAAUCGAAUACCAUUAAUGUAGACACCAAGCAACUGGCAAAUAGUUGAACAUUGAGAGUCGACAUCAACAUUUGCAAAGGGGAGCAAAUUACUGGGAACACAUUGACUUCAGUUUUUUUAAAAAGGGAAUGCUACUCAGAACUGUGUCUGUAUAUCUUAUUUAUAUUUAUUUCAUAAAAUUUAUAAACUGGUUGUUUGUAAAAAUAAACCAAUAAAACAAACCACAAAGCGGCUUACAAAAAGAUAAAGCAAUAAAACCAAGAAACAUUUGCAAUCCUUUUCAACAUGCUAAAAGUUGAAAUACUACAACAGAUUAAAAUUCACAUUAGCAUUUCUAAGCAUCUGGGUAGGCUUAGCCUGAACAAGAAUGUUUUUAGCAGGCACCAAAAAGAAUACAGUGAAGGUCCCUGCUGGUACAAGAGGCAGGGGGUUCCGAUGUAUAGGCGCUGCCAUACUAAACAAUUGAGUUCUUAGAAAUGUGGAGUGGAUGUUAUGUGGCAGAUGUGUUGUUGUUGUUUAGUCGUUUAGUCAUGUCCGACUCUUCGUGACCCCCUGGACCAGAACACGCCAGGCCCUCCUGUCUUCCACUGCCUCCCGCAGUUGGGUCAAACUCAUGCUGGUAGCUUCGAGAACACUGUCCCACCAUCUCGUCCUCUGUCGUCCCCUUCUCCUUGUGCCCUCCAUCUUUCCCAACAUCAGGGUCUUUUCCAGGGAGUCUUCUCUUCUCAUGAGGUGGCCAAAGUAUUGGAGCCUCAGCUUCAGGAUCUGUCCUUCCAGUGAGCACUCAGGGCUGAUUUCCUUCAGAAUGGAGAGGUUGGAUCUUCUUGCAGUCCAUGGGACUCUCCAGAGUCUCCUCCAGCACCAGAAUUCAAAAGCAUCAAUUCUUCUGCGAUCAGCCUUCUUUGUGGUCCAGCUCUCACUUCCAUACAUCACUACUGGGAAAUCCAUAGCUUGAACUAUACGGACCUUUGUUGGCAAGGUGAUGUCUCUGCUUUUUAAGAUGCUGUCUAGGUUUGUCAUUGCUUUUCUCCCAAGAAGCAGGCGUCUCUUAAUUUCAUGACUGCUAUCACCAUCUGCAGUGAUCAUGGAGCCCAAGAAAGUAAAAUCUCUCACUGCCUCCAUUUCUUCCCAGUGGCCAUGAUCUUCGUUCUUUUUUAUGUUGAACUUUAGACCAUAUUUUGCGCUCUCCUCUUUCACCCUCAUUAAAAGGUCCUUUAAUUCCUCCUCACUUUCUGCCAUCAAGGUUGUGUCAUCUGCAUAUCUGAGGUUGUUGAUAUUUCUUCCGGCGAUCUUAAUUCCGGCUUGGGAUUCAUCCAGCCCACAUACUACAUGUGGCAGAUGUAGUACUGCCAAUUCCAUCAACUGAAGUGGUUGAUGGAGCACAUGUUGGGUAAGGAGAUCUCGUAGGUAAAUUGGCUCUGAGUUAUUAAGGGCUUUGUAGAUAAUAGCAACAGUUUGAACUUGCCCCAGUAGCGGAUCGGCAAGCAGUGCCAAUCUCUGAGCACAGAUGUUCCAUGCUGAGUAUGUCUUGUUCCUGUCAGCAUCUGUGCUAUAGCAUUCUGCACCAACUGCAGCUUCCGGAUCAAGCACAAGGGAAGCCACGCAUAGAGUGCAUUGCAGUAAUCCAGUCUUGAUGGAACUCGGGUUGCCGUAUCUUGAAGAGCAAAAAAAAAAAAAGGACGCUAUGAUGGCCAUUCAAAGCAAAGAAACCCAAAUUGUUCCAAAUUUUACCCCUGAAAACGAGGACGUGUCCUGGAAAAAGAGGACCCAUGAAUCACUGUGGCAAGACCUUCCCAAGCCAGGAAUGGCAAUAGCUGCUGAUUUCACAAGUCCACCAUUGGCGAGACUGAUAUCUGGCCUGCCAUUUGGAAUCAGUGUGAUAAGGACUUCAUGUCCUCCUUUUCUGCAACUUUGCAGAAACUUGCAUGAACUCAAAUGUCAAAUGUAAUCGCGAAGAAGCAACACAAUGUGCGAGCCCCUCCUACUGGAUGCUUGCAGUAUUGCAGUAUAGGAACUUAAGAAGAGCAUAUGCUGGAUCAGGACCUGAGCACAAGAGCAACACUCCCCUCCUGUUGUUUCCAACAGCUGGUGUUCAGAAGCUGAACCGUAGGUGGGUUCCCACGAGGCAAGACAAAGUGAUAACAGCAAGAACCUUUAUUGAACUGCAGAACUGGACAACAGGGGCAAAGCAACUGCUUAUAGACAUUCCUGGAGGCCUAGGUCACUCCCACUCUCAACGUGAUUGGCUGUCUAAACUUCCAAGCUGCGAAUCACAAGUCAGAGUUUAAGGGCCAAUGGCAGAGGCCCAAAUCCUGAAAUGUUCUGUGAUUGGAUUAGAAUGUUGUCUUAUUUUAUUGUUGUUCGCCGCCCUGAGCCCGGCUUCGGCUGGGGAGGGUGGGAUAUAAAUAAAUUAUUAUUAUUAUUAUUAUUAUUAUUAUUAUUAUUACUAUUACUAUGUGUCGAAUCAGAACACAAGGGCUCAGAAUCCCUAGUCCAGACAACACAGACCACUGAAUACAUAAUAAUAAUAAUAAUAAUAAUAAUUUAUUAUUUAUACCCCGCCCAUCUGGCUGGGUCUCCCCAGCCACUCUGGGAGGCUUCCAACAAAGAUUAAAAAUACAUUAAAAUGUCACACAUUCAAAACUUCCCUAAACAGGGCUGCCUUCAGAUGUCUUCUGAAUGUCAGGUAGUUGUUUAUCUCUUUGACAUCGGAUGGGAGGAGGUUCCACAGGGCGGGCGCCACCACCAAGAAGGCCCUCUGCCUGGUUCCCUGUAACCUCGCUUCUUGCAGGGAGGGAACUGCCAGAAGGCCCUCGGCGCUGGACCUCAGUGUCUGGGCUGGACAAUGGUACAGAGAUAGAACAGCAUGGCUCCUAGCUCUGGAAACAUUGCUGUCUUGUGUGUCUCGUUGCAGGUGGUGCGGGACCAGAUCUCCCACUGCACAGUGAAACUACGCCAGACGACGGGACUCAUGGAAUACUGCUUGGAGGUCAUCAAGGAGAACGAUCCCAGCGGAUUCCUCCAGGUUGCUGCUUGAUUCUCUUCCCCCCUGUUCAUACUCCUAAGAGAAGUGUGGAUUUCCUCUUAUUGCUGCAAAUGCCCAAAUUCAGACCUCCUUGAGUUCAUGUAUACAGUCAUACCUCAGGUUACAGACACUUCAGGUUGCGUUAUUUUGGGUUGCGGACCGCUGAAACCCGGAAGUAUCGGAACGGGUUACUUCCGGGUUUCAGGGGUCACGCAUGCAGCCGCUGCAGGUUGCGAACGCUGUGGGUUGCGAACGUGCAUCCUGCAUGGAUCACGUUCACAACCUGAGCAUCCACUGUACAUUGUGGUGUUCAUGACCGGUCUACUGAAUGAUGCUACCUAGCAUUCCUAAGCAACUCAAGGCUACUUGGCCUAGGAGGACAAGGCGCUGGUGGAAAAAGGAGGAGUUGGCUGCAGGUUUGCAAGCCGUCUUGAGAAGAUAAACCUGCUAGUCUGUUUAACCUUUUAAGACUCAGUCCUUCACAUUCCAUCAGGGAUGGCCGGAGCGAAGUACAGGGACUGAGCACAUCACAUGCAGAAGACCCCUAAAUUCAAUCCCUAGUAUCUCCAGUUAAAAGGAUCUCAGGAAGAGUCACUGCAAAGUGUCUCUGUCUGAGUCCUUAGGGGAAAACAGCUGGUAUAAAGAGACAGUAGUGGGCUUGAUAGACCUGAAACUGCACAAGAUGAACCAUUAAAUGCAUCUUUUCAUUUAAUAUGCACUUUAUAAGAUGCAAAGAGAAGUUGCUGAGGAGAUGCAGGUUGCUGGAGGCAGAGAAGCAGAGGAGUUUGGCAUCAAUGGAACAUUUCCCCCUGAUGCAAAUAGCAGCCUCAGAGGAGGGAAUUUCCUCAUGACUACAGCAAAGGCUUAAAUCCCCUCCUUUUUGUCUUCUGUGAUCUGAAUUUUCUCAGGUCUGUAGUGUGGGAAUCUUCAGGGAGGCAGGAGAGGAUAUAUUGUUUAUUAAUAUCCUUCCCAACUUGUGCUAGCAAGUUCCUUUACUUAGCAGAGUUUUACAUUCCCCUUUUAAACGCACAGCAGAAAGCUGGUUGCAGGCUUGUUUAAGCCUCUCAAUAUUAGAUUCCUGGUAAGUUCCCUUAUAUUCCUCUUAAAAGAAUAAACACACCACAAUCUUGUGUAAAGUAUAUAAAAGUCCAGUAUACCUGAAGGAGUGUCUCCACCCCCAUCACUCUACCCAGACACUGAGGUCCAGUGCCGAGGGCCUUCUGGCGGUUCCCUCACUGCGAGAAGCCAAGUUACAGGGAACCAGGCAGAGGGCCUUAUCGGUGGUGGCGCCCAGCCUGUGGAACACCCUGCCACCAAAGAGAAAAACAACUACAAGACUUUUAGAAGACAUCUGAAGGCAGCCCUGUUUAGGGAAGCUUUUAAUGUUUAACAGAUUAUUGUAUUUUAAUCUUUUGUUGGAAGCUUAUUAUUAUUAGUUUACUCACAUCAUCAGUUCACAGUUGGAUCCCUGAAGGCAGACUUAGUUUCAAAGUAUAUAUGUGUGGAUCUAUCCCAUAUGGGGAUAAUCCCAGUGUCCUCUGUUGGCUGAAAGCCAACAGAGCAUUUCUAGCUAAAAAGGUCCAAUGACGAAGGAAGUCAAAAAAGAGAAAGAGAGAGAGCUUUGUGCCUUGUGCUUUUGUUACCUGCACAGGUAAGGCCACACCCACCUCUAGUCACAUGCAAAGGAAGGAUGCUCCAGCCCAGGAGGAAACACGAAGUUUCAACUGGCUGGACCAAACAUCCCCUUGCAUGUCCACUCUAGGAAAGCAAGGAAUGUUGUGUUUGACUCCUACUUAUUUAUCACAUCCCACAUGUUGGCCUUGCACCUGCCCCCCACUGGUUCCCCCCCCCCACUGAUAAUUCACCAAGCUGCAGAUACUGUAGGCCAGUGGUUUCCAAACCUUUGGGGGUCACUGCCCCCUUGGUUCCAUAAACUCAUUCCCCCUAUAGAAAGCAUUAUUCAGAAGAGAGGUUUGCACGACCCACUAAGAAAGGUGAUAACACAGUGCAAUUCAAAACCGUAACAAUUAAUUGCACAUUUACUCAAAAUCUAAUUAAAACUAUUUAGUUUAAUCGAUUUAAUAAAAUGGAUGGACUUGACCCAGUGAUGCCAGCUCCAGCACCCUCCUGCUGCCCUCUUGCCACUUAACAGCCCCCAGUUAAUCCCACUGCCCCCACUUUGGGAACCACUGCUAGAGAAAGACACCCACAGCUUUUGAAUCCUCAGUGUUGUGGGAAUGUUCAGGGAUGCAGGAGAGGAUAUAUUGUUUGGUUAUAGCCUUUCCAACUUGUGUUAACAAGUUCACAAUUUAGCAGAGUAACAUUCCCCUUUUUAAACUCACAGCGGAUGCGUUAGCUCAGGCUUGCGAAAGCGUCUAUAAUUACUGUUCUGGUAUUUUCCCCUUAUUCCCUCAUAAAAUAUAAGACACGACACAGUCUUCUAUAAAAGUAUAAAAGAGUUUACUCACACGUCAUUCUGUUCACAAUCGGAUCCCAGAAGGCAGACUUAGCUUAGAAAAGUAACAUACACCUGGAAACUAUCUCAUAAUGAGACAGUUCCUUUGUCCUCUCUUGGCUGGAGGCCAAGAGAGCAUCUUUGGCUAAGCAGAUGUUGCUUCUUCGAUGCAUGUAGUCAAAGAGAGAGAGGUGGCUGCCCUGCCCUGUGCUUUUCUUAUUACCUGCACAGGUGAGGCCACGCCCACCUCUAGUCACAUGCAGAGGAAGUCUGUCCCAGCCCAGAAGGAAACAGGAAGUUGACCUGCUGGCUGGACAAACAUUCCUCCCCUUGUGUAAACAUGUUCACUCUAGGGAUGUUGUACUUGACUGCUCUUGUGUUUCACAUUCCACAAGUGUAUGGCAGUCAAAGGGUAUCCUGUGUCUAAGGAUGGAUUUUGCAUUUUGGCUAUCAAGGCUUGUGACCUUCCUCACCCCGGGAGACUUCUCCAAUCCUGUACUUAUCCAAGCCUCGCACACUCUGAUUCACCCGUCUCCUUUGCCACCAGAUCUCUGAUGCGCUGAUAAGGAGAGUCCACCUGACAGAGGACCAGUGGGGGAAAGGAACCCUCUCCCCAAGGAUGACAACAGACUUUGAUCUGAACCUGGACAGUGGGCCUUUGCUGCAGACCAUCCACCAGCUGGACUUCAUGCAAAUGAAAGGUAAAUGUCAGAGCAAUCCUGUCUCUGUCUGUUUGGAAGGAGUGCCAGGCAUGAAAUAUGAGGGGGAGGAAAGAAACAGCAGGUUUAAAAUAGCCGCAAGGUAGAAAUGGUUUUGGUUUUUUUUGGGACGCAGGUGGCACUGUGGGUUAAACCUCAGAGCCUAGGGCUUGCCGAUCAGAAGGUCGGCGGUUCAAAUCCUGGCGAUGGGGUGAGCUCCCAUUGCUCGGUCCCUGCUCCUGCCAACCUAGCAGUUCGAAAGCAUGUCAAAGUGCAAGUAGAUAAAUAGGUACCGCUCCGGUGGGAAGGUAAAUGGCGUUUCCGUGUGCUGCUCUGGUUCGCCAGAAGCUGCUUAGUCAUGCUGGCCACAUGACCUGGAAGCUGUACGCCGGCUCCCUCGGCCAAUAAAGCGAGAUGAGCGCCCCAACCCCAGAGUCGGUCACGACUGGACCUAAUGGUCAGGGGUCCCUUUACCUUUUUUAGAAAUUUAUUUUAGGCAUGUUAUCUCCCAUGCUUGAACAAAGUUCUCAGGAUGACUAACAAUUGCAUAAUAAUUAAAUGUCCUCUUUUUUUUGAAACACUGUUCCCUAGGAACCAGUUUUAAAAGCCGAGCUUUGCUAGUGAGUCUGGGUAGAUAACAUUUCCAUAUGGACCAAGACGAGUAAUGUUAACUUGUUUCUUUAGGAAUGUUACCCAGCACCCCAGUCUCCAGUCUCCAGUCGGCCUGAUCUAACAGGCUUUUCUUAGAUAGAAUCCUAGAGAUUCACAACACCAUCUUACUAAAACAGGAGCACAACAGACAUGGAACGCACCAACUCAUUGCGCCAUUCUUAUGUCCUUAGUUGCGGAUGUAGCCUCUGGGCUAGGAAAAUGACAUUCCAGUAGACUUGUAAAAGGGGAAAGAGUAUUGGGAAAUGAUCCAUAAUGAAUUGAAAAAAAUGUUUAAAAGUACUUUCCUAAUAAAACUAGAGUCAAAAGGUUAUUUAUGUAUGAUGCUGCUACUGCAGCCCGUGUUUUGUUAGUCCCAAAAUGGAAAACGAGCAAGGUCCCAACCAAAGAAGAAUGGCAACUUAAGUUGACAGAAAUAUGCACAACUCAUAGACUUAACAUAUAGAAUAAGAGAACAAGAAGAACAUACAUUUAGAGAAGAUUGGUAAACAUUUAUUGAAUAUAUGGGAAAUAAAUGUGUGCAGCUGAAAAUGCUGGCAGCAUUAAUAAUAAUAAUAAUAAUAAUAAUAAUAAUAAUAAUAAUAAUUUUUAUUUAUAUCCUGCCCUCCCCGGCCAGAGCCGGGCUCAGGGCAGCUAACACCGGUAAAAUUACAGUAAAAACAUAAGGGGGGGGGGACCAAUUUAAAAUAGAGGUUAAAAUGCAAUUUAAAAUGCAGCCUCAUUUCCCCAUAGAUCAGAACCAUAAGGGGAGGGAAACAUAAGGGUCAGACUGAGUCCAGACCAAAGGCCAGGUGGAACAGCUCUGUCUUGCAGGCCCUGCGGAAAGAUGUCAAGUCCCGCUGGGGCCCUAGUCUCUUGGGACAGAGCGUUCCACCAAGUUGGGGCCAGUACUGAAAAGGCCCUGGCCCUAGUUGAGACCAAUCUAACCACCUUGUGACCUGGGACCUCCAAAAUGUUGUCAUUUGUGGACCUUAAGGUCCUCCGCGGGGCAAACCAGGAGAGGCGGUCCCGUAGGUACGAGGGUCCCAGGCUGCAUAGGGCUUUAAAGGUCAAAACCAGCACCUUAAACCUGACCUUGUACUCCACCGGGAGCCAUUGCAGUUAAGAUAAAUUCAACAGUGUAAACAAGUUUUGAUAGAUGCAAUAAUAGAAUAUUGAAUGGUAUAGCUUUUUGUAAAAUGUGCAGGGAUUUAUGAUCUGUAAAAUGAACCAUGGAAAGAGAAGAAAGGAAGUCACUGAUAUCUUAAGGAUGUAAAAUGAGUAUUUUAAAUGGUGAAACAGAAAAUUCAAUUAAAAUUAUUUAAUUUUUUGCACCAUAACACUCACUUUUUUCCUCCUAGAAAGUAAGGGGAAAUGUCUGUGCGUGUUAUGGAGCGAAUGCCUGCGGGUGGCGGGGGGAUCUGCUGCAGUCGUGAGCAGAGGAUCCAUGGUUCCCCUUCCUUCCCUCCUCCGUGGCUCGCUUUGAAACAGCAAAGCGGGAGAAGAGCCGCUGAGUGGGGAGGAGAGAGGGACAGAGAGCCUGCUUGCUUUAAAGGAGCAAAGCGGGAGAGGAGAGGAGCCGCUUACACGAGUGUAAGCGGCUCCUGUCCGGUUGGCUCCUUUGAAGCAAGCAGGCUCUCUGUCCCUCUCUCCUCCCCACUCAGCUUGCUAAAUAGCAUGAUUAGCAGCAUCCUUCUCCACACACCCCAUGUGUGCUCCUUGUCCCUUGAGUGCUUUUCCUUCCCUCCCCACUUAAAACGUGGUUACAAAGCAUGGAUCCACAUGGAUCCUCAGGAUUUUUGCAUUGGGCUACUCCAAACUCACUGUCAGAUCACAUGUCUGUGGCCACAGCAUGAACCACAAAAAUCUUACAUCCACUGUUUUGUUUAGAAUAUUUUUUUUCUUGUUUUCCUCCUCUAAAAACUACGUGUGUGUUAUGGUCCGGUGUGUGUUAUAGAGCGAAAAAUACAGUAUAUGUGUGUGUGUGUGUGUGUGAGAGAGAAUGAUAAUCUAGGUUUCUCAGGAUGGAAAAUUCCCAUGUUUACAUGCCUGCAGUAAUGGCUGCGCAAUUGCCAUUUUAGGAAACAGGGGAAAUAAAUCUGAUGCAGAAAUGGGAGUGUUUGCCUCCCUCCUUCCUCUGCAUGCCGUUCAUUCCAAGAUCUGUUUUUCCUGCAUUCACACGACUGGGCACAAUGCAGCCCUCCUUGCCUGCGACAUGCCCAGCUGCCUUCCGUUCCUCUCCUCCUUGCCAGCUCAGCUGCAUUGGCACAUCGCAACAGGCCCCAUCUGGGGCAGAGUGGCAGAGCAGAGAGACACAGCAACAGGCAGGGCCGCAGAGAAUAUGUUUGCUGGCUCUUGGGCGACCUGCCAGCUGCAAGGAGGGAGAAAGGUUGUUUUCUGCUGCUCCAGAGAAGCGGACACAGAGCAAUGGAUCCAAACUACAAGAAAGAAGAUUCCACCUAAACAUUAGGAAGAACUUCCUGACAGUGAGAGCUGUUCCACAGUGGAAUUUGCUGCCAAGGAGUGUGGUGGAGUCUCCUUCUUUGGAGGUCUUUAAGCAGAGGCUUGACAACCAUAUGUCAGGAGUGCUCUGAUGGUGUUUCCUGCUUGGCAGGGGGUUGGACUCGAUGGCCCUUGUGGUCUCUUCCAACUCUAUGAUUCUAUGAUUCUAUGAUCUGCGCCAUUGUGGCACUUCAUUUUUUUUUUUAUAAGAUAUUUAUUAAGGUUUUUUAAAAUAUUACAGUAGAAAUGAAAAAGAAAAGAGAAAAAUACAAAAUAAAAACAGUUAAAAACACACAUAUUUUCAGUUACUUAUUUUCCUUUAGCUUGUUUCCCGGACCUCCUCGUACCUCCCUUUUUUGUAUUCCACUUCGAUUUAUUGGUUCAGCAAAUCCUUACCAUUAGAUUUUAACCCAUUUAUAACCCUUUUUUUUCAUAUUCUCUUAAAGCAUCACAGCUAGAAACCGCUUAAUUACUACCCAACAUCAUUCUAUCAUUCAUUAAUUUUACAAUAUUUCUGUAAAUAGUCUUUAAAUUUCUUCCAAUCUUCUUCCACCGUCUCUUCCCCCUGGUCUCGGAUUCUGCCAGUCAUUUCUGCCAAUUCCAUAUAGUCCAUCACCUUUGUGGCACUUCAAAGCCAUUGUGGCACUUCAAAGCCACUUCAAAGCCAUUGUGGCACUUCAAAGCCUCACAAGGGGGAAGGGAUAUCCAGACCCCUGUCUUGAAACAGGGUUUGUUGUAGGGCGACGUUCAGGGUGCCUGCCACCUGGGUAGGAACUGUAGGCUUGUGGAGAACUGCAGUCCCCACGGCUAAUGAGAAGGAAGUUCUGAACUGGCAAUUUGGUCUCAGUUUGCAGUAAUAACAGUAUUUCUAUAGCUUUUUUUUUUUUCAAAAGUGGGGCUAAUGAACAAGAAGAUGAGAUGGCUUACUGAUUUCUAUACACUCAGUAGUUUAGAAUAGGAGAAAAACUGGCAAGUUUUAGCUGGCCCCCAGGACUAUCCCCUACAGUUCCAGUACAAAAAUUAAAAUAGAACAUAUAAUGCCAAAGUACAGAAAGGACGCUACUUAUAUUACUUGAAGGGUUAUUAUAGCUAAGGACAGCCUCUUACAAUAAUAAUAAUAAUAAUAAUAAUAAUAAUAAUAAUGGUGAUGGUGAUAAUAAUAGUAAUAUAAUAAUAAUAAUAAUAAUAAUAAUAAUAUAAUACAUACUUAUAUCCACCCAUCUGGCUGGGUUUCCCCAGCCACUCUGGGCAGCUUCCAACAAAAGAUUAAAAAUAUAUUAAAACAUCAGUCAUUAAAAACUUCAUAGAAUCAUAGAAUCAUAGAGUUGGAAGAGACCACAAGGGCCAUCGAGUCCAACCCCCUGCCAAGCAGGAAACACCAUCAGAGCACUCCUGACAUAUGGUUGUCAAGCCUCUGCUUAAAGACCUCCAAAGAAGGAGACUCCACCACACUCCUUGGCAGCAAAUUCCACUGUGGAACAGCUCUCACUGUCAGGAAGUUCUUCCUAAUGUUUAGGUGGAAUCUUCUUUCUUGUAGUUUGGAUCCAUUGCUCCGUGUCCGCUUCUCUGGAGCAGCAGAAAACAACCUUUCUCCUCCUCUAUGUGACAUCCUUUUAUAUAUUUGAACAUGGCUAUCAUAUCACCCCUUAACCUCCUUUUCUCCAGGCUAAACAUGCCCAGCUCCCUUAGCCGUUCCUCAUAAGGCAUCGUUUCCAGGCCUUUGACCAUUUUGGUUGCCCUCCUCUGGACACGUUCCAGUUAACUUCAGGGCUGCCUUCAGAUGUCUUCUAAACAUCAAAUAGUUGUUUAUUUCUUUGACAUCUGAUGGGAGAGCGUUCUACAGGGUGGGCGCCACCACCGAGAAGGCCCUCUGCCUGGUUCCCUGUAACUUGGCUUAACGCAGCAAGGGAGCCGCCAGAAGGCCCUCGGAGCUGGACCUCAGUAUACCCAGUAUACCUGAAGGAGAGUCUCCAUCCCCAUCAUCCAGUCCAGACACUGAGGUCCAGCUCCAAGGGCCUUCUGGCGGUUCCCUCUAUGUGAGACGCCCCUCAGUGUGUACCAGAUGCCAAGGAAAUAAACAACUAUAUGACGUUUAGAAGACAUCUGAAGGCAGCCCUGUUGAGGAAAAUUUUUAAUGUCUGAGGUUUUAUCGUGCUUUUAACAUUCUGUUGGGAGCUGCCUAGAGUGGCUGGAAACCCAGCCAGAGGGGCGGGGUAUAAAUUAUAAUUAUUAUUAUUAUAAUACAGUCAUACCUCUUGUUAAGUUUGCUUCAGGUUAAAUGUUUUCAGGUUGCUUCCCACGGCGACCCGGAAGUACUGGAAAGGGUUCCUUCCGGGUUUCGCCGUUCACGCAUGCGCAGACGCUCAAAAUGACGUCACACGCAUGCGUAGAAGCGGCGAAUUGCGACCUGCGCAGGCACGGGUUGCGUUCUGCUCAUGUUGCGAACGGAACUCCGGAACGGAUCCCGUUCGCAACCAGAGGUACCACUGUAUUAGGGUGAAGGAUGGGUAAUAAGCCAGCAAACUCUUGCAGAACUCAGAGGCCCCGAUUUCCACCCUGUCUGGCGGUAGAAGUCGGGGUUACACUAAUUUCUGUUUAGCUUCCUCCCCAGUGCCGGCCCCCCCAAUCCUCCAGCUGGAAGAGUGCUGCACCCAGAACAACAGCGCCACCUUGUCGUGGAAGCAGCCCCCACUUUCCGCGGUGCAAGUGGAUGGAUACAUCCUGGAGUUGGAUGAUGGGAACGGUGGUCAGUUCAGGGUACGUUUUAUGGAGAGGCACUUUUACGUUGUGGGGUGGGUGGGUGGGUGGGAGGGAGAACAGUGCUGGCUCCGGGUUUUAGCGUUGGAAGGGGUUCCAGGGGUCAUCUAGUCCAACCCCGUGUGAUGCAGGGAUCUCCAACGGACAGGUGGCCACCCACCCUCGUUAACAGACCAUUAAACUCAAAUAGAAUUGCGUGGCGAGUUCCCGCCCCCACCAAGUGGAAAUAAGGCCACAUGACACAAUUAUUAAGGUUAAUGGGCUAAAUAAAGCCACAACUUUUAUUGGUUACAGGUGAUGAGCGGUAUUGGCUUAGGCAUUGGUCCUAACUGACUAUAUCCGACUCCAGCCAGUCCGCUGGAAGUCCAGGAAGGGUUAACCACCAGUAAGGGGAGUCCUGCUGAUGCACAUCAACUAGGAACUCCCCCGGGGUCACCAAUAGGGGGCGUGCCUUAGGCCCUCAGCUCCCCAGGCUUCGGACAGGGCCACGCCCCCCGGAAUCCUUUACCGGACUACCCUUCAAUAUGGGGGGCAGGUGAUGGCGCUUCCUCCCCUCUUCCAAUUACAGAACUAUACCAAUGCCCAACCCCCAAUACCCAGAAAGUUGUGACGAUUUGCUACGAGGUAGGCGAAAACCAAGUGGCUGGUGCCAAUUUGCCAAGUGGAAAAAUUCCUACCAGGCCCCUCAACGGCAACCAACUGAGGUCCAUAGCAAGGUCAAGGAACGGAAACCUUAUAGGGCGGGAGGGUGAGAAAAGCAGGAACAGCUGAGGAGCGACAAAGAGGGAGAUCCCCGGCCCACGUCCUGCUUUAAAUAGGGCAGGCCAUGCCCCCUGAACAAGCCAAUUGGCCGGCCAGGGGGUGACACAGCCAGGAAUCCCCCCAAUCAUGCGGGGGCUGGCCAGUGUGGUGUAGUGGUUAAGAGUGGUAGUCUCGUAAUCUGGGGAACCGGGUUCGCGUCUCCGCUCCUCCGCAUGCAGCUGCUGGGUGACCUUGGGCCAGUCACACUUCCUUGAAGUCUCUCAGCCCCACUCACCUCACAGAGUGUUUGUUGUGGGGGAGGAAGGGAAAGGAGAAUGUUAGCCACUUUGAGACUCCUUAAAGGGAGUGAAAGGGGGGAUAUCAAAUCCAAACUCUUCUUCUUCUUCUUCCACCCACCGUGCGCAUGGUGGGGCCAUGAAGCCCACAACCCCACCUCCUCUGAAGGGCGGAAGUGGCUUUGGGACCCUAGAAUCACAGAACUGUAGAGGUGGAAGGGACCCCAAGGGUCUAGUCCGAGUCCCUGAAAUGCAGGGGUUGAAACCACGAACGCUUUGUGUGCGUAGGCAAUCGAGAAUAGAUUUCUGAUGUGAGACUUGGGUGGGUGGAAAGCUAAGCCAGCACAGAUGCCUUUUGGGGGGGGGGGGGGCUGGCUUAAAAUAGCUGCCUCCAACAUCUUGGAAAUAAAAGGCAAUUGCUUCCUAGCCUCCUCGUUUCUCUGGGGAGCUGUGAGUUUCAGGGACAGUUACUCAACAAUCAAUUUUUCUUAGGAGCAGCAAUCAAAUAAACAAAUAUAUGUAAUAUAUUCGCUGGGGAGCAGCCUCAGCUGCGUGGUUGGACAUCUGCUUUGCUUGUAGAAGGUCCAAGGUUCAAUUUCUGAUGCCCCUGAGAUGCCCCUGGCUGAAACCCUGGAGAGGUGCUGCCAGUCAGUGUGGGCAAUAUUGGCCUAGAUGGUCCAGUGGCCUGGCUGCAUAAGGCAGAUUCCUGUAUUACCCAAUAUAUUUAAGGUAGGAUCAUUGCUCAGUGGCAGAGCACCUGCUCUGCAUGCAGAAGCACCCUGCUUCAGUCCCCCGCAUCUCCAAGUUGGGCUGGGAAAGGCUCCCUUCCUGAAUCCCUGGAGAGCUGUUGCCAGUCAGUGUAGACAGCAAUGAGCACAAGGCAGCUUCCCGCAAUCCUAAUUUUUGGACAUUCAGCGAUUGGCGUUGACUCAACUGAGAUUUGAGCCAGAGUCUUCGUUUGCCAACCUGAUGCCUACUGAUAUUUUGGACUACAACUCCGACUGGCCCUGACCACCGUGGACUUUUGGAGUAGUGGUACGAAACAUCUAGAGGGUGUCAGGUUGGCAAAGGCUGGCCUAUGAUCUUGCCUCCCACUGUGCACACCAGAUCUCUGCUGCAUUGCAAAGCUUCUCAGAAAGGGCCCGUUUCCUGUGGGAGCAGUCAAAUGCAACAUUCCUUGUUUUCCUAGAGUGGACAUGCAAGGGAUAUUGGUCAGCCAGUCGAAACUUCCUGUUUCCUCCUGGCCUGGAGCAUCCUUCCUUGCAUGUGACUAGAUGUGGGUGUGAUCUUACCUGUCCAGGUAACAAAAAGCACAAAUCACGCAGCACUCUCUCUCUCUCUGACUUCCUUAUUUGUUUGACCAGCUUUUAGCUAGGACUGCUAUGCCAGCUUCUUAUCUAGCAUAAGCACUGGGAUGAUUCCCCAUAUGGGGAAGAUCCACAUGUACAUAUUUUGUAACUAAGUCUGCCUUCAGGAAUCCAACUGUGAACUGAUGUGAGUAAACUUCUUUUAUUGGCUUUAAAUAAGAUUGUUGUGUCUUCAUUCUUUUAAGAGGGAUUCAAGGGAAUUUACCAGGAACUAUACAAUUCAUUCUGAGACAGACUGAAUUGUAUAACAGUGAGAGACUCACACAAGCCUGCAGCCAGCUAUCUGCUGUGCCUGAGGAGGAGAAUGUAAACUCUGCUAAGCAAAGGAACCUGCUAGCACGAGUUAGAAAGGAUAUUAAUAAACAAUAUAUGCCUCCCUGAACAUUCCCACACAUACAUCAGCUUUGUGUCUUUGUGUCCUUAGGAGGUGUAUGUCGGGAAAGAGACGAUGUGCACUGUGGAUGGACUCCACUUUAACAGCACCUACAGUGCUCGGGUCAAGGCCUUCAACAAGACCGGGGUCAGCCCCUACAGCAAGAUGCUGGUCCUGCAGACCUCCGAGGGUAAGUCAUGGCUGCCGGGAUCAGGGGUGAGGCAUUUUCCACUGAAGAAGGGCCAGGGGGGUCCUUCCUUGCCUAGGCUCAUCUUAGGAAUUCUUGCAGGAGAUGCCCUUCCUUGUUUGGGUUGCUAAACUGGAGACCCCCCCCUUCCCUCAAAAAAGGAGAGAAAUGUCACCUGGGAAAAGGCGUCAAAAGCAAUUUCUGUCCUCCCUGCCCCUUCCGUUCCAAAAACGUGUCGCGCAGUUGGCCAUGUUUUCUAUUUAAUAGUUGCAUCCUGCUUUUCCAACAAUGAACGUGGAGCUCAAAGCGGCUUGCGACAAUCACAGCAGCGCUGAAAAGCAACAAACGCAGCAGCGAGCGCUCUAAUAUCUCUAACGCAGUGUCCUAUGAAUUAAAGCAAACGGGCAACCACAAAUCCAUCAGUCAGUGUGAUUCAGUAACGUCAGAAGAUGGGAAGAGCUGCUGGGCACCAGCCCUAGAGCGGAUGACAUCCUCUCUCUGGGGAGGGGCUACUUCUUGGCUCAGGCAGCCCACUCCCAGGCAGUGAGAUCGUUCACAGCUUUUUAAUCCUGACUUCUUUUUCACCUUGUAUGAGUCUGCAGGUGCACCUACAGGUGUUUUGUUGAAGCACAGAGGCAACUCCUUGAGACCCAGAGUCUAUUUCUUUUAUCUCUCUCUCUUGAGUGGGAAACAGCUCCCGGAAAGCUUUCUUCCGCCUCCCUCUCUUCUGACACGCACAGCCUUCAAACUCCCCCUUGGCCUCCGUUUUCCUCCUUCUCCCUUCAGCCCCUAAUCGGCAUGGGGUAGGCGCACCCCGUUUUCCCACUUGAGAUGGAACAGGCAUGAGCCACCCCCUCCCUGCGCUGUUCCCCUCGCCACUGGCGCUGUGCCUCUCUUCCUGCAUUGUGUGCCAGAGCCCACAAAGCACUGGCAGCAGUGCCAUCUUCUGACAGAGGAUCACGCCGAAAUCUCACAAGAUCUCCUGCUCUCCAUGAGCUCUUGUGAGACUUCGGCAAGAUGGAAUCAAAGAACGGUGGAGCUGGAAAGGACCCCUAGUCCAACCCAGCAGUGGCGCAUGUACCCAUGGCGCGGGGGAGGGCACGCACUGGGGGUCUGGAGGGCGAACGUAGGCUGCUGUGCACCAGCCCAGCGCCAGCCACUGCAGCUACUGGAGUGACCCCAGCCCAAGCUGCUUUGCGAGGCUGGAAUGACCCCAGCCUCCAAAAGGAGCACAGGGCCUUGCAAUGCUUUGCAAAGGGACUUGAGGCUGGGGCUGGGAUCGGAAGGUGCGCGGCAUCUUCCUUGUAUCUACGGGACCGCCUCUCCUGGUCUGCCCGACAGAGGACCUUAAGGUCCAUGAAUAACCAUAGUUUAGAGGUCCCAGGGCCUAAGGAAAUCAGACUAUCCUCCACCAGGGCCAGGGCCUUCUCAGUGAUGGCUCCGAACUGGUGGAAUGCUCUGUCCCAUGAGACCAGGGCCCUGCAGGAUUUAACCUCCUACUGCAGGGCCUGUAAGACAGAGCUAUUCUGCCUGGCUUUCAAUAUUAUUUCCCUUCCUUCCCUCCCCCUCCCCUUUUAUGAAGAUUACCCACUCUGGGAUCCCACAGCUAAUUCUCCCCUGGUCUCCUCGCUGGCCCAAACAGGACUAAUUUAGCCAGCUAGCCCUGGUGAUCAUCUAAUGUUUGUUGGAUGGAUUUCCCCCCUAAAUUGAUUUUUGAAUUCUGAAUUUAUUGUUAUCCACAUUUUAUACUGUAUUUUAUGCUGUUUUUUGUUGCAUCAAUUAAGUGUUUUAAAUCUGUUGUUAGCCACCCUGAGCCCGGUUUUCUGAACCGGGAAGGGUGGGGUAUAAAUAAAACUUUAUUAUUAUUAUUAUUUCUCAAGGCACCCUCCCUGAGCUGCUUUGCGAGGCUGGGAUCUGAUCAUAUUCCAGCCUUGCAAAGGGCUAGCUCAAGGAAGGUGGCAUGAGCAGCGCUCCCUCCCCAAAAAUGUGCCCGAAGCAAUUGCCUUGGGAAUUCCCUCCCUCCUCCCAACCCUACAACCCUAGUCCAAUCCCUUGCAAGGCAGGAAUCUCGCCUGAAGCAUCCUGAAGCCACCCAACCUCUGCUUAAAAACCACCAGGGAACGAGAGCCCACAGCCACUGUCUCUUCUUACUGUUCCAUGGCUCUUACUUGCCAAAAGAUAAGGUUUGCUUGCUCAAGGAUUUCGGCUGAGGAGUGUGUGUGUGCGUGCGCACACAUGCAUGCAUGCACACACAAGUGUAUAUCUAUAGAUUUGCACCCAGCUUUGUAGAUCUGUGUGCAGAGUUUUGUAUAUAAGGUUGCAUCCGACGUUGUUGGUCCCUUACCUUUCCCGCCCUGACCUGGCCACAGUGAUCCAUGCGACGGUCACCUCCAGGCUUGACUACUGUAAUUCGCUCUACGCGGGGCUGCCCUUGAAGCUGUCCCAGAAACUCCAGCGGGUGCAGAAUGCUGCAGCGAGGCUCCUCACGGGGUCUCUGCCAUGGGAGCAUAUUCACCCAGUGCUUUUCCAGCUGCACUGGCUCCCGGUCGAGUACAGGGUCAGAUUUAAGGUGCUGGUUUUGACCUUUUAAGCCCUUCACGGCCUAGGACCCUCGUACCUACGGGACCGCCUCUCCCGCUAUGCCCCACAGAGGACCUUAAAGUCCAUAAAUAGCAACACCCUAGAGGUCCCUAAGGAAGUCAGACUAGCCUCAACCAGAGGCAGGGCCUUUUCAACACUGGCUCUGGCCUGGUGGAACGCUCUGGCUCAUGAGACCAGGGCCCUGCGGGAUCUGAUUUCUUUCCACAGGGCCUGUAAGACAGAGUUGUUCCGCCUGGCCUUUGGCUUGGAGCCAGUUUGAUUCCCUCCCCCUCUUUCUUUUUCCUUUCUCCUCCCUGUGAUUGAGGCUGCAUUUUAAUAUUUUAAUGUUUCAGUAUUUUAAUGCUGUAUUUUAAUCUUGUUUUUUAAGUUGUAUUCAUUCAAUUUGUUUUUAUUAUUGCUUGUUAGUUGCCCUGAGCCCGGCCUUGGCUGGGGAGGGCGGGGUAUAAAUAAAAAUUAUUAUUAUUAUUAUUAUUAUUAUUAUUAUUAUUACGAGCUAGCAGAAUGCCGUUGGUGGGGUGGGGCUUCCCCUUCCUCUCCUCUCCCUGUGAGCCCUCCACCAAAAAAUUUGGUAAAGCCAUAACUGGGAGCCAGUGGCGGAGGGAGGAGGGUGCGGUGGGGGCAGUCCACCCUGGGCAUCUUCACUGAGGGGGGCGACAUUUGCUGCACCGCCCGCCCGUGACUCCCAAGCCUACCCCGAGCCGUCGGGGAAAAGGGGGACAGCAGGAGGCUUAGGAAUUGCAGGUGAGCGGUGCACCGAAUGUUGAGCGCACCGUGCACCUAAGCGGCUAUCCCGUGCCUGGGAGGGCACCCUCCGUGCCCUCCCUCGGGAGCACGCCCCACCCCCCUCGGUGGGCGCACCCGCCCUGGGUAGUGUGGGCAUAUGCCCCGCCACUGCUGGGAGCUGACGUUCUGCCCCUGGAGCCAGGCUCCCCUUGGGAGACUCCCCCCUCUUGCACUUGCACAGGUAAGGAAGGGCUUGGAUGCCAUGUUCGAAUCGCCUCUUUGGGGAGCUCUGACCUUGAGUUUGCCUUGAUCUUGCAUCUAGACUCCGAACCAGAGGAGCAGGCCCUGACUUUCCCAGUGCCUUUGGAAAGGCUGCAGCUGCGUAGAUCCAGCCCCUUCUCUUCCACCCUUAACCUGCAAAACAGCUUUCCGGGAGAUCCUACUUUGAGCUCAGAUCCUCGUCCCACCAAAUGAGCUUGCACUCUUCUUUACAAUCUCUGAAUUCGGCCGGUGGGUGAGCCGAGUGUGCCUGGCGUUGCCUCUUGCGCUGUGCUUCUGGACGUUCCCCCGUUUUUGUUUUCGGGGUUCGGCUCUUGUUUUGUUGCUGUUUGCUUUUUUUUUUUGCUUUUCUUUUUAAUUUUUUUGGGGGGGCCCUCCUCCCCUUCUUCCCCCGCCCAUGGCAUCCGUGUGAGACGGGACUUGCUGUUCUGUGUUGUCAGUGGCCCGCGUUCCACUGUGCAGGAAACUCUGAGGAUGUAGACAUGAUGUGUGACGUGUUUGUUUCUAUGUUACAAGUUUGUAGACUUUGUUUGAACAGCACCAGCAAGCAAGGAUAUCGUUGCUGACAUCCUGUCACCUUUACGUGGCCCUGCAGUCAGCAGCAUUGUCUUUGGGAAGGGGAAAAAGGUCACAAAUGUGCAAAGUUCAAAUAGCAUUUAGGAGGAAUUUUUUUAAAAAACCAUUUACUUGCAGUAUUCUAUUGAUUAAAUUUCUAUCCUGCUGUUCCUCCCAAAGGAGCCCAGGGCAGGCAGCAAUUACUGGAUUUCACUACCAGAUUGGGGAUUUUUAAAAUGCAACUUGAGGGUAUAACACAACCUUUGCCAACCUGGUGCUCUGCAAAUAUUUUGGACUACAACUCCCAUAAACAACCAGCCAGCACCCUCAGGAGCAUAUGGCCAUGCUGCCUCAGGCUGAUGGGAGUUGUAGUCCAACACGACUGUUGAGCACCCGAUUGGUGCUGUAACAGAAGAAGCAGGUUAGAUCACAGAUGUGCCAAUGAUCAGGGAUGAUGGGAGUUGUAGUCCAGCAAUAUCUGGAAUACACACCACACCGACUAACUGUGGCAGAGCAUGUCAGCAAGAAGACUGUGCCAGGAAACGUCUCCCUAACAGGCUAAACGUCCCCCAGUGCAGAGGUUUUGGUGCAGGACAGGAGACCCAACGUGGUCUCUCCAGAUGUUGGGUUGCAGCGCGCAUCACCUCCAGCCGGCUUGGCCAGUGGCCAGCAGCCAGAGGAGCUGUUGUCCAACAACAUCUGGAAGGCACAAUGUUGGCUGCCGCCAUGUAGGAAAACAUCCAAGCUGCGUUUGGCUUCCUGAAGGCAUAUAAUUCCUGGGUGGGAGAUGGGUGCCCACUGUCUAUAACAUUGAAUCUGUGGCCACACCCCACACAUUCAUUUGUUAUUUGUUUCCUAAAAUGUAUACACCGCUGGAUUGUAAAAAACAAAACACACACAAACACACACUUCAAAGCGGUUUACAGAAAAGAAAACAAACAUUAAAAUGGUCACAAAGUGAAAUAUACUCGUAGUCGAGAGUGGAUUUCAUGCUCUUUAUUCAGCUCAUAGUAGCGAGGAAUGGAAGUUCCUCCAAAAUGUCUGCUUUAUAUACAUUAUUUACACAAUGGGCCCCACGUGAUUGGCUAAUUCCGGGAUUCUCCUGUAGGCCAAUCAGGUCGCGGAUUUACUUCCACCUGGAGCUGGAUUGGGUGGCUCCUGUGGACCAAUCAGACUGCUGCAUUCUGGAAUCCUAUUCGACUCAGUACAUAACACAAAGAAAAAUGAUUUAAGACAUUCGAAAGGUUUAAAAUAACGAUAAGCUAAAAGCAGCUUAAGGCUUGCACCAGCUAUCUAAACAUCUGGGCAGGCUUGUCUGAACAGAAAGGCUUUCAGCAGGCCCCAGAAAGAGUACAGCGGAGGUGGCCGAUCUCAAUAGGCAGGGAGUUCCGAAGUGUAGGCCACAGGAAAAGACCAAGUUCUUGCAAGCGCAGAACGGCUCUUACAUGGCAUCUGCAGCAGUGCCAGUUUCCGCAGAUCGAAGCAGCCGAGUAAGGGGCAGGCUGAUUUCCACUGUGAUGCCUUCAGCAAGAGAGCAACCAAGGAGAAGGAAGGUUCUAGAAAGCUGUCCUGAGCCUUGGGCUAUAACAGCAGCUCUUCACAUGCAUUUUCCUGCGGGAUAUUCUGGAAUUCCGGUGCCAAGGCCUCAGGCGCCCCUUCUCUCCGCAGCCCACCCUUCCCCUCCCACCUUUGCAAGAACCAACCUUUUCAGUUUGGGUUGCAUUAUUUUUUUUUAGGAUUCUCCCGUUGCUACAAGCUUACGCUGGUGUAACCUCCAUUGGCAUCUGCCUGACACCGGCGUAAGCAAAGGAGAAUAGCCCUGACAUAGAUUUCUUUCUUUCCGUCCACCCCAUACUUUGGAAUGAGGAAUGGCACAGUCUUUUAGUUGCUGGGCUACACGGAGGGGCUGGACGCACAACCCCGGUUUUAUUAUAUUUUCCCCAUUGUCCUUUUAUGGGUUACCCCAUCUCACUGCUUCUGUGCGACUGGCUUUCGACAUAAUCCAUCUCCAAACGUUUCUGAUCUUGUGUCCCGUGUACAAAGAGUUGGUGGGUCUGCCUGCUUCCAUGUGCCUUCUUGGAGUCUGUAUCGUUGGAGUGAAUCGGUCUCAAGCUGGGCGGGGGGCGUUGGGGGGGCGGGUGUGUGGGGUGGAGGUAGGGAUUUGCGGGGGGGAAUAAACUGGAUGCGGUUCGCUUUCAAAAAGCAAACCUGCAUAAUUUCUGCUUUCUGAAACAAUAAGCAAACAGAAACGUUGCCAUCGUUUGAGAUUCGCCGUUCUCCGAACUUUGCAGUGCAGUUUCCUGGCCAAGUAGUUUGUAGAAAAACAAGUCUCUUAAGGGGAAAUUGAUAUAUUUAAGGGGAAAUUGAUAUAUAUAUAUUGAUAUAUUUGUGGAGAUAACAGAUAAAAAUGCAUUCUGUUGGGAGGAAUUGCUUUGCAAAAAUGCGCAAGUCAAACAGCGUUGCAUACAAAACAAGUGUGUGAUAUGCUGGCGAAUUUUCGUGAGAACGUCUUUUUAAAAAAUUCACGAACUGGUGUGGAAAUGUGGAGAGCUUAAGAGUGGGAAAAGAGGAAAUUCACAGAAAUUCACACAGUGUGUGAAAUUCACAGAUUCACCUAUCCUUAGAUGGUUGGUGGAGCUCUUCCCUAAAACGGACACCUUUUGCUUCUCUUAGGAGACGUUGCACAAUGGGAAAUUGCCCAAAAAUGUGAAGGUCACAAUCCCCUAAGUUGGUAUGAGUCCAGAUUCAUUUAAAAGGCUUUUGCUAAAUUCCACAGGAUCAGGGUUACGUGCAUUUCUUCCGUUGAUGCUCAAAUUCCACCCCCACCAAUUCAUUCUCCGAUUUAUGCAAACUCAAUUAGGUAUUCCUUAUUUUUAUUUUUCAUCCAUUAAUACUGGUCCUGUGGUUUUUCUAGUCUUUGCCAACACACACACAAAAAAGAAAAGUGAUGGACAAGGAGAAAUGAGGGUGUUUCUUUUACUGUUUUUACAAGGUUUUAAAACUGUUUUUAGAAGUUUUAAUUGACUUCCACUAUUGACUUGUUUGCUGUCCUGGUCUCCUCCUUCGGGAGGAAAGGCAGAAUUUAAGUAAUUUAUUAUUUUUAUCAUCACCAUCAUAGAAUUGUAGAGUUUGAGGGGACCCCGAGGGUCAUCUACUCCAACCCCUCCAAUGCAGGAAUCACAGCUAAAAGAAUUCCUGGCCACCCAGAUAGGAUAGGAAGAAAAAGUAGGACAGAUAGGAAGGAAGGGGGAGCGGACAUUGAAACUAGAAUGCUCAAUAUAUCAAAUUGUAUUUAAUAUUGUAUUUAAUGUUUUGAGACUACAAUUCCCAUGAUCCCUGACCACUGGUCCUGCUAGCUAGGGAUCAUGGGAGUUGUAGGCCAAAAACAUCUGGAGGGCUGAGGUUGAGGAAGCCUGCUCUAGUUGCAUAGCUAAUGGUUGAUGAUAUUAUUAUUAUAUUAUUAUUAUUAUUAUUAUUAUUAUUAUUUGUAUACUGUCUUUCUAUCUUACAAUACUCAAGGUGGUUUACAAGCUGAAGAAACAAAAAAUGUACAACUUAUAACAAUCUGAUGCAAUACAAAAAUGUGAUAAUAAAACAAAGCUUUAAAAUAAGCAACCUAGAUCAAAAAGUAACAUUCAACAAUUAUUAGAAUAGUACAAAAUAAUAAUAUCAACAUAUAAAAGUUAAACAGAAAUCCACUCAACAGUUACAAUAAAUAAUUUCUAAAACAACGGCAAGCCACAGGGCAUUAAAUAAUACAAUACAAAUUGAGAAGCAGAAACUAAAGGGUGGAGCAAGGCAGGGGGAAAGAGGCCUUGCCUGAUGGAUAGACCUCUCCACUGGGUUGACUAAAAGCCAGUGGCAGAGAGUUCCACUGGCUAUGUGCUGUGCAUGGCCGAAGUGCCACUUGUUGCUUGCCUUGAAUCCUCUGCUGUCAAUCCACUUCAUGGGUGCCAGGUCUGGGUUCUAGAAUGGGCAUCUCCGGGAGCUUUGACUCCAACUCCCAUCAGCCCCUGCCAGGAUGAUCGGGGCUGAUGGGAGUUGGGAGUCCAAUUGGCCUGGAGAGACGCAGGUUGGGGAAACUCCAUGAAAUGCACAUGUCUCUGGUUCUGAUGGUGGGCCUCUGGCUUUGCAAGUGAAUCUGGCAAAUCCGUUCUGGCGGCUGCUGCCCGCUGGUGCCCCAGCUGCGUGGCUUCUGCCGCCCGAGUCCGGUUGCCCUUUCUCCGUGUCGACGUAUGAAAUGCAGUGUGUCUCUUUAUAGGUUUUGAGGCUCAGUCAGGACCUUUCUCCCAACUGGGCAAGUAUAUACUUCCUUCCACAUUUUGGUGGCAUUUGUUUCGGUCACUUGUUUUUAACCCUCGACUCCCCCCAUUCGUACAUGACAAGGAGAGACCCCCAGCUAUACACCCGAUGUUUAAACUAACACUAUGUUUGGUCCAGUCUGUCCCCCCUUACCUUGUUUGUAACACCUUUGAGGGGUGGGGGAAGAGGGUAGGCAGCCCAGGAAGCGAUGCUGAAAUGAGAAACAGCUGUUUUUAGCUAGAGGGCAAAGCCACCAACUCAUAAUAAUAUACCGUAUUUUUCGCUCUAUAGGACGCACAGGACCACAAGACACACCUAGUUUUUAGAGGGGGAAAUCAAGAAAAAAAAUACUAUUCCCCCCCAGCCCCAAAGAGCAAAGAAGCCAAGACAGCCAUAGGGACCCCCGUCUGGAGAGGCUGUGCAAGGUUAAGAGGAAGCCAUGGCAGUGAGCCGGAUGGAUCGCGCUCGCUGCCUUGGCUUCUUUAGCCUUGCACAGCCUCUCCCGGCUAUGGCAAUUCCCCACCUCCGCAAAAGCCCACAGGAGCCGUGCACCCUUUAAGGGCGUGCGGCUCCUGCGGGCUUUUUUACGAGGAGGGAGAAGGGACUGACUGGCCGCGUCAGUCCCUUCUCCCUCCUGGGGAAAAGCCCGCAAGAGCCGCAGGAAGCUUGUGUGUGGCUCUUGGGGGCUUUACCUGCCUGCCUCCCCCCUGCAUUCGCUCCAUAGGCUGCACAGACUUUUCCCCUUAGUUUUUAAGAGUGGAAAAGUGUGUCCUAUGGAGCGAAAAAUACGGUAAAUGAAUUCGCAGAGCCUGCUAGAAUGCCUCUAGGGGGCGCCUUUGGAGGAAGGCUGUCUUAGAGCAUGUGACUACCCCAGUCUGCCCCCUGCCUGGACAUAGCAUAGUUAAGCAGAGAUUUGAACCCAGAUCUCCCUGGUCUGAGCAAACUCACUCUCAGCAUCACAUCACACCUGGCUCAAGGUGUCCGUCGGAGCCUCUGAAACUCAUAAGGGAUGGAUCGAGUUAUGGCACUAUGGAAGCAGUCCAAUAAACCUAGCUUGGAGUCAACCCUUUGAAGAAGUGAAAUUUAGACCUGGUUUUUCUUUAAUUGGGUGAGGGAUUCUCCUUGGUUUCUUAGCUGAGUUGUGGGGAGGCAGGAGGAGCUAAAGGAAACCAGCCUCUUACAGAAUUUGGUAGCCUUUCCUUGAGCCCUUCCCUGUCUGCAAAAGCUGUGUGGUCUCCGGUACACGUUAUGUAUAACUGUGCGAGGUUUCUGCUAAUGCCAAAUUGAUGUGCCAGCUUUGGCCGGGAGGGGCAAACUAAAGUAUGCAGCCAGGAGACCAAGCUACAAUGAAGCUUCCGGUUGGCGCUUUGUCCUCUGUCAAUGCCGACGCCGCUUCUCAUUUGUUCCCCUCCAUGCCUUUCGCUCGGAACGACAACAGUUGAUAUUAAAAACUGGUAGCAGGUAGGAGCCCGUUUGGAUGCAUGGGGCCAAUGGAACCUACUGACUGGCUGCAACAGUUUGUGUGUGUUUGUGAGUGUGUUUUGAAAACUUUGCGGCACGUGUGUUGUCCUCAAGGCGACGUCUUGCCCGGAGGAAUUCCAGUAACCAAAUCCAAGCCAUGAAGUUGGCACCUGCCCAGAUUGCUAGCCCAAAGCUCUGUGGGUUCCCAGUUGGUGCAGCAAAACUCAGCAACCCAACAACAUCCUCUCCUGUCCUCUGCAUUCGGACAAUGUGCAAUUGCAGUGAAAAGCCUAAACAAAGCAAGCAGGCAAAGGCAAGGGCAAUCAGGGAGCCAAGUCUGCAGGCCCAGGGCAGCCCUAACAUUAGACAGAGUGAGACACCGGCCUUCAGGCGGCAGGUGCAGGGGAGGGUGUCAGCCCCUGGCUCUUCCCCAUGAGCCCACGCUCCACCAAUUUUCUGUUCUUGCCUCUUUUUGCCGCACGCAGCAUCGUUUCCAUUCUGCUGCAAGUCACCUUCCAACAAAAACUAAACCAUUUAUCUCCCUACCUGCUGUGGGGAGUUACUGUAUGCAGCUUGCAUAAUUUACAUAGGGAGGGAUUCAUAGGGAGGAAUUUUGGUGCCUCCCUUUGGAUUUGUCCCUAGAACAGGGCUGGCCCUACCAUGAGGCAGAGUAAGGCAAGUGCCUCGGGUGGCAAAUACUGAUGAGCAUUGAGUGGAGAGUGUCGGAACCUGUGAUCGGCCGAGCUCCUCCGGAAUUGCCUCUGACGUGAUUAACGACCUGAGCCUUUGAUAAGGCUCCAGGCACAUUCCCCAUUAUGCAGAGAAUCAAAACAGCAUGCGGAAGUGAUGAGAUUUAUGGCUACAUCACUAUGCUUUAUUUCUUACUAUGCAGACAGAAAACCACAUCCUCUCUCUGUGAGAGGCAGAGAGCAACUGAAACAAACAAAGGAACAGGAAACCAGUAACGUCACAUCCAUCUCCUGUCUCCCGUGAGACUUCCAACAGCCUGGAAUGUCUCUGGAAUGUAAACAGAGUCUUGUGACUCUAAGCAGCUGCACAGUGGCAAACAGAAACUAACAGAGAGAGCCCUUGGGGUGCAGUGGAGGAUGCUGAAAUAAGAUGCAAUGGUCUGCAGAGCUUUUGUACGUGGAAUGGGACUGGGUGGUGGCAACUUCUUGCCCCCUGCUUCAGGCGGCAAAAUGCCUUAGGCCGGCUCUGUCCCAGAAAGCAUGUGGAAUCGUGGCCUUUGAGCAACCUGCAACUCUCUUCCUCCUGCAUGCCUGCAUGGAAUGCAUUUUGUGCCUCCCCCCCCCCAGCCCAGGGACUGCCAUCCCAUUCACACAGGUAACCUUUCUUCCCUUGUGUCCAUUGCAGUGGCCUGGUUUUCGUUUGACCCAAAUACGGCCCACUCGGACGUCAUCUUCUCCAACGACAACCUGACCGUCACCUGCAACAGCUACGACGACCGGGUGGUGUUGGGCAAAACAGGCUUCUCCAAGGGGCUCCACUACUGGGAGCUGUCCAUCGACCGCUACGACAACCACCCGGACCCGGCCUUUGGUGUGGCCCGCAUGGAUGUUCUCAAGGACGUCAUGCUGGGGAAAGAUGACAAGGCCUGGGCCAUGUACGUGGACAACAACCGGAGCUGGUUCAUGCAUAACAAUUCACACACCAACAGGUACGUGGCCCCAGAGCAUCUCUGGUUCCCUCUGUCUCUUCUCCCCAUCCUCUGAACGUUGGAAGCACGCAGUUAGACUAUGGAACUCUCUGCCACAAGAUGUGGUGUGAUGGCCCCCAACUUGGAUAGUUUUAGAAGAGGGUUACAAUAAGUCCUUUCUGUUGGGGAUAAUUCAGACUGAAAUCGCCAGGUGUCAAAAAGGUUAUUUAUGUAUGUUACUGCUGCAGCCCGUGUUUUGUUAGCCCCAAAAUGGAAAACGAGCAAGGUCCCAAUUAAACAAGAAUGGCAACUUAAGUUGACAGAAUAUGCACAACUCACAGACUUAACAUAUAGAAUAAGAGAACAAGAAGAACAUAUGUUUAAAGAAGAUUGGGAGAUGUUUAUUGAAUACAGUGGUACCUUGGUUUACAAACUUAAUCCGAUCCGAAGUCCGUUCUUAAACCGAAACUGUUCUUAAACCAAGGUGCGCUUUCCCUAAUGAGGCCUGCCGCCACCAGUGCCCUUCCACCAUUCUGCUUCCGUUCUUAAACCGAGGUAAAGUUCUCAAACCAAGACACUAUUUCCGGUUUUGCAGAAUUUUUAGACUGAAUCGUUCUUAAACCAGACGGUUCUUAAAUCAAGGUACCACUGUAUAUGGGAAAUAAUUGUGUACAGCUGAAAACACUGGCAGCAUUAUGAUAAAUUCAACAGUAUAAACAAGUUUUGAUGAAUGCAAUAAUGCAAUACUGAAUGGUAUAGUUUUUUGUAAAAUGUACAGGGAUUUAUGAUCUGUAAAAUGAACUGUGGAAAGAGAAGAAGGGAAGUCACUGAUAGCUUAAGGAUGUAAAAUGGGUAUUUUAAAUGGUAAAACAGAAAAUAUAAUUAAAAAUUUACACACACACACACACACACACACACACAAACAGAGUGUUUUUUUCUGGGGCGACACAGGGGUACGCAUACCCCUAAACAUUUUGUGAAUCUUUGUACUUUUGUCCAUUUACUGUAUUUAUUUUUCCUGAUAUGAACUAUAAACUGGUGAUUUUAUUGAGUGAAAAUGAGAGUACAGUCAUAUCUCUUGUUACGUUCGGUUCACGUUAUGUCUUUUCAGGUUGCGUCCUGCGGCGACCCGGAAGUUCCAGAAAGGGUUACUUCUGGGUUUCGCCGCUUGUGCAUGCGCAGAGGCUCAAAAAUGACAUCACGCACAUGCACAGAAGCGGUGAAUAGCGACCUGCGCAUGCGCAGACGCGGGUUGCGUUCUGCUCAUGUUGCGAACGGGCCUCCAGAAUGGAUUCCGUUUGCAACCAGAGGUACCACUGUACCCCUAAACAGAGAGAGAGGUUAACCAUAGACUUGUACGCUUGGAAGGGACCCAAAAUGUCAUCUAGCCCACCCCCCUGAGCUAAUGAGGAGCGCUUUCUUUCUCGGCAGGACUGAAGGGGGCAUCACCAAAGGGGCUACGGUCGGGAUCUUGCUUGACCUAACCAGGAGGACCUUGACCUUCUCCAUCAAUGAGGACCAGCAGGGGCCGGUGGCCUUUGAGAACCUGGAAGGUGUCUUCUUCCCGGCUGUCAGUCUGAACAGAAAUGUGCAAGUAAGGAGGAGUGGGAAGGAGUCCGGGCCUCUGGGAGGAGAGACCGGGAGGUUUCUUGGAUCUUGGGAUGAGGCGCUCCCGUCAGUUGCUGGAGAGGGGCAGGCAGAGAGUGGGAAGAACAGGAAUCAGAACGGGAAACCCAGAGUUACAUUGGCUGGCGAUGACAGGAGUUGGAAUCCAAAACAGGCGGAGGAACGCCAAGGACUAGAAACUUGCUUUGACGAAAAGCAAGCAAGCUGUGAUUUUCAGGUUGCUGGGUUAAAUAUUCAGAAUCAGUUUGGUACUCAAAGCUAGUGCCCUCAAGCAGGGCAUUCUGGUCAGGGGUGGGCUGGGCAGCAGGUGGCAGGUUCAAACAGCCGCCCCCCCCCAAAAAAUGUCCUGUUCUGAAUUGCCCAAACACUCCAAUUUUGCUACUCAUAAACAUGGCAGUGGGGCGGGGCAGUGGGGGUGAGUCGUGUUCUGCCCAAGCCCUCGUUGUCUGCUCUUGUGUGGAAUUAGGGAAUAUGCACAACAAUGACUAAAGCAAAGGCAUCAAUUGGCAUUUGAAGAAGAAGAAGAAGAAGAAGAAGAGUUUGGAUUUGAUAUCCCGCCUUUCACUCCCUUUUAAGGAGUCUCAAAGCGGCUAACAUUCUCCUUUCCCUUCCCCCCACAACAAACACUCUGUGAGGUGAGUGGGGCUGAGAGACUUCAAAGAAGUGUGACUGGCCCAAGGUCACCCAGCAGCUGCAUGUGGAGGAGCGGAGACUCAAACCCGGUUCCCCAGAUUACGAGACUACCGCUCUUAACCACUACACCACACUGGCUCUCAUUUGGCCUCUUCUACCCCCUGAUCAUUGGGAAGGGCAGGCCCCCAAAAAAUAUUGGGAGGGCCCAAAGAGCUGGGCCCAUAGGAGUUGAUGCCUAUGGUGUAAAGACAGCGGGGGAAUUCAUUUAAUGUGUAAAUAUACAGUCAUGGUCCUGCCAUAAUUCCCCCUCAAGUCCUAGUGACUUCCUGGGAAUAAUAAUAAAUAAUAAUAAUAAUAAUAAUAAUAAUAAAUUAAAUUUUUAUUUAUACCCCACCCUUCCCGGUUCAAAAACUGGGCUCAGGGGGGCUAACAACAAAUUUAAAACACUGGGACUCUUCAGGAUCAGGCCCCAGACUUGGUUCAGAUGGUGCCUGAGGCAAAGGAUCCGGUGCGGACUAAGACUCCUCUGGUUCCGAGUCCGAGCCCGAGUCCCAGGCCAUCACACACACACACACACACACACAGAGAGAGAUGGUUCUGUGAGCAUGGGAAGAUCAAAUCCUGCCAGCUGUGAUGGGAUUAAAAAUGCCACCCCCACUCCUCAGGGCCCGCUCAAGACAUUUUGCUGCCUGCGGCAAGGAACAAGAUGGUGCCCUUCCCCAAGGCACGGGCAGAAGCCCACUGGACUGGUGGUUGAAUCUUACUGGGAAAGGGAAGUGUCUUCUACUGCAGCUGAAUGCAGCCCAUCAACAUAGCACUCACAAUCCCCGCAGCUCAGCAUCUGCCGCCUGAGGCUGCUGCCUCACUUUGCCACAUCGUAGGGCCGGCCCUGCCACCUCUUGUUGUACCCUGUACCCAGAACCUCCAAGUGUCCCUAUUUUCCAGGGAAGUCCCUGAUUUAGAGACGCCGUCCCGGUUUCUGAUUUGAUCCUGGAAUGUCCCUAUUUUCUUUGGGGAGUAUGGAGUUAUCCAACCCCUCAGCCAUCCGAAGGCAAUCCUGUAUAGGGAAGUUUUCUUUUAAUGUUUAAUGUUUCAUUGUGUUUUUAUAUAUGUUGGAAGCUGCCCAGACCCAAAGUGUCUGGGGCAACCCAGUCAGAUGUGUCGGGUAUAAAUAGUAAAGUUAUCAUUGUGGAAUGAGAUGUUCCUACAGUGGUACCUUGGGUUAUAGACGCUUUGGGUUACGCAUAUUCAGGUUGCGGACCGCGGGAAACCCGGAAGUACCAGAAAGGGUUGCUUCCGGGUUUUGCCGCUUGCACAUGUGCAGAAGCACUAAAUCGCGCUUCGCAUAUGUGCAGAAGCGCCAAAUCGUGUCGUGCACGUGCGCAGACGCAGCACUGCAGGUUACGAACACUGCGGGUUGCGGCCGUGCCUCCGUCACAGAUUACGUCCGCAACCCGAGGCUCCACUGUAUUUUCAUUGGAUAAAUGUUGGAGGGUAUUUGUACCAAGUUCUCUUUGCUUGCAGGUGACGCUGCACACCGGUCUCCCAGUCCCGGACUUCUACAACGCACGAGGCUCCAUGCAGUAA